AUGGGGAUGGAUUCAGCCACUGGUGUAGGUGGAAAGUUUGGAAGGUAGGUACAGACGGGAAUUUAAUGUACAUCUGUAAGCAACAAUAAACCAUUGCUAACAAAACAACGAUUCUGAACGCAGUUCAAUUUAUAGUGAUACUUUGUUAACAAUAUAUAUGCAAUAUAAUAGUAAAAUAAUUAAAUAAGCUCUAUAUAUUCUCUUCAUUUUAAUGUUGUACCGAUUCUUCCAAUUUUCCUGGUUUUUCCAUAUUUUUUCCCAGUUCUUUAUAUGUGCUGAGAAAAUCGAAAAAUUACCUCUUUAAAGUACCUCUCCGAUGAAAUUUCCUUUCAGAAAAAUUGCUAUAAUUAUAAGUUAGAGCAAAAUUUCUGGUAGAAAAAUUGUCCACAGGAAAAAAAAAAUAACAAAACAAACAUCUUUGUAAAACCAUAAGCUUUUUCGCUCCAUUCAGAAUCUAAAAUCCCAAAAUUUCAAAUUUUACAUUAAUUUCACAAGAAUUUUAUUAUUUUAUGAUUCUAAAUUUAUUGAGUUGAAAUAUUUUAAAGUCCUUUAAUGUGCUCUAAAAGUGUAUUAAAUCUAUAAAGUAUGAUACAAACAUUUUCUAUAGAUUUCAAACGUUAAAACACGUAAAAGAAAAUUUUAUAUAUAAUCGUUAAAACGUGAAACACGAUUUGGUAUAAACUAGAUAUUUUUUUUGACAAAACAAUAAAAACAUGCAAAUGCAUAUUAUACUAUCUGCUCUAAUAAUAAUGAAUGGAUAACUAAUAAUUCAAAUUUUUCAUUGAAAAAAACAUUUCAGAUAUUGCUCCCCCCCCAAAAAAAAAGCAAACCAUUUUCAAUUAACUAUAAAUAAUUCAAAUCACGCAGGCAAAUUUCGUUAUGUCUAGAAAGUUCUAAUAUGUACUUAUAAGUAACCGGUGAAUAAUUUCCAUGGAUAUUUAUGGUUAUUUUUCACAGAAUUACAAGAAAAUCGAAAAUAACAGAAACCAUUAUUUUUUUUUUCCUCCGAUGUUCAAUCGUUAUUAUAAAAUAAACAAAAUAUGUAAGAAAAAUCACAAAAUAACCUUCCCAAUGUGUCCUAGAGAAAUUUGUCUACCAAAAACCACCUCUGGAGUUGAAUCGAAAGUUUGAAAAAUUGAUUACAGACAGAAAUAAAUCACGCUUCAUAAUAAAAAUAAUAAGUAAGUAAAUUCCUCGCUUCAGAAUUUAAAAUAAUUAUAGACGAGAUAGCCACAGCUGCACUAAACACGUGGUAUUGCUAAUAUUUGAUGACGCAUAUACCUAAGUGAAUGGCGAAUAAUAUUUUAUUCAUUGGCUCAAAUUUGGCAUUAUGUGAAAGUAUUAUUAUUAUCUAUUGUUAUUAUUUAUUGAAUUUCAAGUAGGUAGGUAACCUAUAAUAUUGAUUUUAACCGUGAUUAUUUGCAAUACGUACGUCAUCAGAGACAUAAUGUUGGUAAUGUUUUAUUGAUUUAAAGGAUUGAAUUAAAUUUAAAAAAAAUACUAUUGGAUACAUUGGGCACCUAUAUAUAGGUCCUUAUAAUAUCUUUAACUGAUAUAAUUUUGACAAUUGAAAACAUAAUAAUAUUAUACAAUAGUGUAGCUGAAGUAAAAACUAAAAAAUAAUAUUGUUUUUUCUCAUGUAUUAUUAUUAUCAUGGGUUAUUAUCUCUUGUGCUGUAACCAAAUAUUCAUAGUUGUUCUUUUUCCUGCAGUAGUGUGACUAGAUUUUCCUUGAAACGUAUUUAAGUAAAAUAAUUGAAAAAUCAUCUUUCAAUACAUCGGUUAAUUAUUUUAUUUACUACCUAUGUUUACCUGCCCAGUUAUAUAACCUGUACCUACAGACCUAAUUUGAAAUUGUACCUAUACCACAUACAUUCGAGUAUCUUCAUAAUAAUGACCAGUUAAGAUCGUAUUACAGCAGUGAAUACAAUUCGGAUGAGUUUUAUUAAACUUGUUAUAAAAUUAAAAUAAUUUUUGAGAGGUACCUAAAUAAUGAAACAUAAAAUAAAAAAAACAAUAAAAUCUUUAACGUCUUAAAAUACACGAUGAGUUUUCAAUAACUUUAUUUUUACACAAUUCCCCAAUCGACAAAAAAAGAUCCCAAAAUAAUAUUAUAUAUAGUAAGCAUCGAGUAGUUUUAUUGUAAAAAUACAUUAGGUAAUUGUUAUCUACAUUCUUAUAUCUAAGCUAAAUAUACUAAGUAUACUUAGCUAUAAAUAUAUAUGUGUAUAAUUUUUUAAGUCUUUUGAUUGUAUCCAGACUGUAAAGGUACUUCCUUUGUUUUCGUAUUCUUUUUCACUUCAUAUUAUCUUACAGUUACACUUAUAGUCACGUCAGCUAAAUUCUUUUCAUAAAGGUUUUCAUGUGUACAUGUCAUUGGGUUAAGAGGGUAUAUUAAUAUGUGCUAUUUGCUCACUACUCACUAGUCACAAUUAAUGGAUUCUGUGAUGUGCUCCCACUCAUGUAAGUUCUAUCUUUUUUGAACAACUCCUACUCUUGCGCCCGUUCUCAUAACGCUGGGUUAGUGCUAACCGACGGUUAAAUUUUCCGCAAGUUGGCAAUUAACUCAAGGUAAGCGCUAACGAACACUUUACAGGACAUUUUAUAAAUCAAGCAGUCUAUUUUCCAGAUGUUUUCUAGGUACUUCAUUCAUUGUCAUAUCUGGGUGGAAGUGCUUAUUCGAUCUGAAAAUAUCCAUAUUUGUGCCAUUCGUAUUUUAGAGAUGUUAUAAGUUCCGUUAUAAAAUCUAGUUUACUUGGAACUGACUGGUACUAAUGUAAUAGCUGUCUUAUAUCAUUUAUUUUGGCUGUCUUUUGGAUUAUGGCUAUAGCUGAGACGCUGACCAUGCUUUCCCUGUUAUUUUCUAUAUAGGUCUUUUUUUUUUAAAUUAAAUUAAAUUAUUUAAAAACUUGUUCUUGCCUGUAUAUAAUAGUAAACAGAGUAUCCUACAGUGUUAUCCUCAUGCUUAUUAACUCGUGUCAAUAUUCAUUUAUUUUACAUUUUUUUUUUAAUCGUGUUUUGUACAAGAAGACACAUAAUAUGUAGAGAAAAAUUAAAUUUUUAUUGUCAUCCUUUAAUUACUGAAAAAAAUGACUGACAUUUUCAAAAUAACUAAUUCUGUAAAAUAUAAUGUUCUAAAAAGUUUAAUGUAUCAUACAUUAUUCAUAUCUGACUAAUCAUUUUUUAGUUAGUGGCUUUAAUGUAUAGAAAAUAAGCAUGAAAAGAAUUAAUAUUCAAUAGAAAAUAAGGAAUUAUCGUGUAAAUUGUGAUUCCUUAUUUUGUAACGUAUUGAAAAUUAAUUUUUUUUUAUGCCAAUUUUCUAGAAAUUAUAGCUAUUGAUAUGUUCAUCAGAUAUGUUUAUGUUACAUUCAAAUUUUUAGAAUAAUAUCUUUUACGAAAUGGCUGUUUUGAAAAUUUUGAAAAGUAAUAAAAUAAAAAGCUAUUUUUUUCCCACAACUAAGGAUGAAAAUAAAAAAUUAAUUUUUCUCUACAUAUGUGUCCCUUUGAACAAAUCUUGAUUGAAAAAAGACUUCCUAUAAAUUUGGGAUAGGGUGCAGCCACUGGUAUAGGUAAUUAAAUGUACAUCUGUCAGCAACAAUAAACCAUUGCCAACAAAAGAUUGAUUCUUCGCUCAGUUCAGUUGAUAGUGAUGCUUAAUCAACAAUAUAUAUAUGUUAUAUAAUGGUAAAAUAAUUGAACAGGUAUUAAAUAUUUUCUUUAAUAAUAUUUGUUUAAUAUUAUAACGAUUUUCCCAUUUUUCCCGGUUUUUCACAUUUGCUGGGAGAUCUCUUGAGAAAAACGAAAAGUGACAUCAUUAAAGUACCUCCCCAGUGAGAUUUUCUUCCAGGAAAAUGUCUAUCAUUAAAAGUCGGAGCAAGAUUGCUGGUAGAAAAGUUGUCUGCAGAAAAAAAAAUCGUAAUAUUUUACCUACCGAAUAAAAAUUACAUACAAAACUCGCAAAAUUAAAAUGUUUAUAAAUAGCUAAAAAAAAAUGGCAAAAAUGAUUCGAAAAUUUGACCAUAUCUAGAAAAGGAAAAUAUAAGUUUUCUGUCUACAUUUCAAGUCCUUACGAAUAUUUUUAAUUGAAUUACAACAAACAACAAAAUUAAAAAAUAAUGAAAGCAUUAUUUUCGUAAAUUUCCCGUGUUUCUUACGUUUUAACCAUCUGGACAACAUUGCCUUUCAAAACUGGUACCGCACGUAUAUAUCUGAGUAAGACUUCUGGUAGAAUUUUUGUACAUAGUUUAAAAAAAAAAUAAAAAAAUAAACAUCUUAGUAAAACCAAUACAUUCUUCACUACACUCAAAACCAAAAAAAAAUAAAAUAAUAUUUACAGAAUUAUUAGUAUAAGGAUAACACUUUAGGACCUGAACAUACCUAUCGAACAAUAGUUAUUUCAAGUAUCAGAUCAACGUGGGACACCUAUAAUGUAAUUUUAUUUUGUACCUAUGUUCAUUUUUUUAUAUAUUAUUUCUUCAAUAGUAAUAUUAUAAUUAUAAUUUUGUUACUUACUCAUAUUUUUACAAAUCUGUUGGAAUAUCGAGUUCUAUAAAUUAACAAAAUCGAAUUAUCACCGAUAUUUUUUUCAUAUUAAACCUAUACUUUUGAAUAUCGAUCGAUAGUCGAGUUAGAUGAAACCCAUUGUUUUUUUUUUCUUUUUGUUAUACAAAAUUAAAAACCUUUUUAUAUGCUAAAAUACCAUCGUUGCGUAUCCAGGGGGUAGGCCUGACCCAUGUUUUUACGGUUCUAUUGGAAGUACCGUAUAUAGGGCGUGCAGAGUGAAGGGUAAACCUUUAUGAUGUGCCACUGAACCCGAACUGGUGACCUUCACUUAUAGAAUUGCGCGUAUAUUCGAUUUUUAAUAAAUGUAACAAUAAAGAUAUUUUCAUAAAACAUAUACCUGUAGUAUAAAAUUUAAAUUACAAUCAUAUUCAAGUUGAAUAUGUCGAAAAUUUGUUUAAAAUUAAAUUUCUACUGGCAUUGUUAUAUUAUUAUUAUUAUUAUUAUUCAUAUUGACCAUUUUUCUAAUACGUUUUGUAUACAGAAAAUCAAUGUUGUUUAAUUGAUUUAUUAAUUUUUUUAUAGCGUUACUUUUUUCUUUUUUUUUAUAUUAUAAUAAUAUCAAUAUGCUUUUUGCGUAUUUAGCAGCCAAGCAAUCCCAGCAUUUACCCUUCACUACCAUUUACAUUCUAACUGUUAAAAUAACUUGUUAAAUUAAAUGUUACAACUAUUAAAACAAAUUCUGUGUGCGAUUUUGAACAUAUUUAAAAAAAUGUUUUACAGAAACAAUAUGUGUGGCUUGCUGCAGAAAGAAUUUUAUAUACCUAAUUGUAAAUACUUUUCCUUUCGGGAGAACGUAUCGUAUGCGUAAUAAUUUUGUACCUAACCAAAUUUUCUAUUGGGCUAGACAUUACUGUUGUAAGUACCUAUAUUUUUUUUUUAAACAAAAACAAUGCCUGAAUAUUAUUAUUAUUUUUAAUUGUCCAUUUAAUAUAACAUCCGAACUUUUUUAUAAUAAUACAUUUGAGUUUAUAAACAAGAAAAAAGCUAGAGAAUUAUUCUGUAGUCCUUAUCUGUUUAUAAUAUAUUAUCCUACCUGCGUUACUUAAUACCCGUAUAAAAUAAAAAAAGAAAACACACAAAUAGUAUCGAGAUGUUUUCCAUUUCAUUUAUUUUGGUACGAAGUCCAUAAUAUUAAACUUUCAAUAAAUAACAAUAAGAAUACGUAACACCAAGGUAACCCUUGAAUAAACAAAAAUAAAUAAGCAAUUAGAUAUUCAUAUCAAAUAUACCUAAAAAAACCUCUAGUUUACUCCUUAGGUGUUGAAUUUUUAAAAAUCCUUUCGUAGAGAAUGCCUUCGUCACAAUAUCUAUCUGUGUGCUGAAUUUCAGUUAGAUCCGUCCAGUGGUUUGUGCUCGGCGAUGAUGAAUCAGUCAGUCAGGACAUGCUAUUUUAUAUAUAGAGAUAAUUAUACAAAUAAUAAUUAUGUCGAAAACUGUAUUAUCAAAAUUAUUUAGUACUUCAAAAAAAACCUUCAUCUACUCGAGUAGCAAACAAAUUGUCAUUUGAUUUUCUUUUAUUAAAUAUUAAUGGAUUAUACAUUUUAUCUUCUUUUUUCUGCAGUAGAAAAGUAAUUAUUUUAUUAUUAUUAAUGAUAAUUUUCUCGAAGUUCAAAGUUCGUUAGCAUAAAAACAAUUAUUAAAAUUGAAAAUUAAACAUAAAGAAACACGUCCGAACACUACAUAAAAUUAAUUGAAUGAAAUGAAAUUAACGAUUAUAACUCUAACCACAAAGCAUAGUUGCAUUUAGGAAACCAGUCGGUGCGCAGAGUUCAUUAGUUCAUAGUUGUGACUAGUGGCUGCUUUCAGUUGUUGCGUGGAGUUGCAGAUAGAAAACCGCACUAUUUCGAUUUUUUUUUUUUUUUGUUUAUGAACAACUUUUCUACAAGAAAUCUUACUGCAAUUUUCAAGUGUAAAAGUUUUCUUUUUCUGAAAGGAAGUUUAUACUCAAUAUCUGGGUGAUACUUUAAGAGGUCAAUUUUUUGAUUUUUCAAGCGAUGUUCAUAAUAAUAGGGAAAUAAUGCAGAAAAAAGGGAAAAUUUAUGAAAUUUUUUUUAUUUGUUGUGAUUUAGUUAAACAUAUAUGUAGAUCCUUUAAGUUUGGACAGAAAUUUUAUAUUUGUCUCUUCUAGACGUGAUACAAUUUUCAAAACAUUUGAGCCAUUUUAAAGCUUUUUUACGUUAUUUUUAUUUGGUAGAUAAUCUGUGGAUAAAAUUAUUAGACCAAAUAGAAAUGCUUGACAAUUUAAUAAGUAGUUCAUAAGUCAUACUUUGUGGUAAAAAAUAAAAUUGAGUGUAAUGUAGAAUUUUUGUUCAUAAGUAUUUUAAUAUUUUAAUAAUUUUUAUAAAAAUCGUAGAAAUUAAAGAGAAAUUUAUUAUGGUUCUACCUAUAAUUAUCAGAUUGUAUUCUAUGUAGAAAAACGAAAUUUAUAUAAUACUAUAUCAUUAGAUAUGUGAGAAAUUUUUUAAACGUCCGUCUAAAAUAGAUAACAAUAUAUUUCUGGUAGGUAGUUAUGUAUCAUGCAUGUAAGUUAAUCGUAGAUUUUUUCGAAAAUAAAAUUUAAAAAUCGAAAUACGAAAACUUGUAUGAAUCAAUUUUAAGUUCCUGUGGAUUUUGGAAGACUUUAAACCACUCAAGGGUUGAAGUAGCACACACAAAGAAGAAUCUUGUGCGGUGAAAAAUAGUAGAAACUAAAGAAUGAGAAUGUGAAGACGUACAAGACGACCAACAUUUAAUGCAGUGUAAAAUAACAAACAUAAAUUGCUAGAAAAGCGUGGUCUUCAUUGACCCUAAUAAGGAAAUACCCAAAUUAAUCGAUAACUGGUUUUAAAAUAAAUUUGACGCCAACUUAAAUAACUUAAAUAAUGGACAAGAAAAAGAUAUAGAAGUAAAAACAAAUAUGUGUAAUUCUUUAUAUUCACGAUCAAAUUAUCGUAACUUAACCUAAUCUAACUUACUAUAAUUAUUGGUAUUUCAUUAAAAUUAAAAAUAUAGACGUUUAUUUUGACUCCGUAUAUCAUACUAGAAACUAUCAUAUUAUGUUUACAUAUUAUUCAUAAUAUAUUCCGCUAAACCAAAUAUUAUUCUAUACUCAUUUUGUAUAAUAUUAUGCACGUUAUAAUUUAAAUAGCACAUCAAGAUCAAUAUUAUAAAAGUUUUAGGAAACAUUUAUUUACCUAAACCGUUAAAACAACUGAGAUUUAUAAUAUUCAGCUUUUCAAUGAAAUUGCUAUUUACAUAAAUGUACAGAGUAAAUUAAAAAAUAUACAUUGCCAAAGUUAUAUUAUAGGUAAUGGUGUACCCUGCACGAUUGUUCAAUAACUAAACUAAACACAGUAUAAAUUAAAACUGUAACACAAUAUAAUAAUGCGAGUAAAAUUAUAUACAUACAUUUAUUGCUUAAACCUUUUCCUUAAAGUUGUUUUGCGAAAUACAUAAUUUUGUAAAAUGCACAUGAAGUCGAGUGCACAACGCAUGUAUUAUGUAUAGAAUGAUUAUCAAUUAAUCAUCUAAAAAUGGCUAUGGAGUUCAUUGUCUUUACCUGCUCCCUGCAGUCUAAAUUUUAAACUGUUGUAACUCAUAAACGGUAAAUCCGAUAUUAUAGUGUUGUGCGUGUUAACUAUUUUAGAAAAAAAAUGCUCAUUUCGGGUUGGUGAUUAAAAUGAAGGUUUCUAUUUGAAAGUCAAAUGAGUAUGUAUAGGUGUAAGGAGUAGUAGUAAAACACCGAAAAUGGAUUAAAAAAUAAAUAUAUGAAUAAAAAAUGUAUGUAUGAAAAUAAAAAUCAAAUAAAUAAACUAAUGAAUGCAUCGCCUGGAGUAUUAUAUGACCGGUUUCGAAUUAAAAAUUCAUCAUCAGGUACAUCACAGUCAAAGCGAAACGCGACUAAAAAAUUAAAUGAAGGAACAAAUAGAAAAAAAUAUGUACGAAUUGGUCGACUGUGAUAUACCUGAUGAUGAAUUUUUAAUUCAAAACCGGUCGUAUAAUACUCCAGGCGUAAUUAAUUAAUUUUAUUUUUAUUUGUUUAUUUAUUAAAUUUAUUUACGAGUAUUAAACGUGUUAAUAAUUUUGUUUUUAAUUUAUUAUUUUAUUAUAAAAAUUAAAUCUUCAAAAAAUCCUAUGAUGAUUGAAAAUACAGUAAAAGUAAAAUUCACUUAAAAUCCUCAGAAGAAAAUCGCUGAUUCAUGAUAGGUAAGUGGUAUAACUAUUUAUGUAUGAAAAUAUUAUAAGACCUGAGGUCCUGUGAGUCUUAUACUCGGUUUACACGUGUUAUAGACAGAUAACGUUGACCAGGAAUUUUUCCCAAGUUGCGUUAAAAUAAAAAAGAAAUAAAAGAUGUAUAAUUUAUAUACGUAUAUACAGGGAUGGCAUUAAGGGUGGACGACCAAGGCGCUUGCUGUAAGAAGGAGGGGUGCCUCAAGGAUAAUAACCGUCCUCGAUUAAUUGGAGGGAGGACGCAAAAACAUGGUUCUACCUAGGGCACCAGCAUGUGUAACGCCAGUGUAAUCGGGAUUAUUUACCCCCGGUAAAAUUUCACUAGAGAUAAUUUAUCGUAGGGUACAAUUUCACGAUGGUUUUAGAUUCUGAAUGGGGCGAAGAAGCUAAUGGUUUUAAAAAGAAAUUUUUUUUUUAUCUGUUUGCAAUUAUUAUAAAGAUUUUCUUGGAUUUCUACAUGUAGCAAUUUUUCUGAAAGAAAAUCGGCGUAGGGAGGUACUUUAAGGAGGUCAUUUUUUGAAUUUUUCAAGAGUUUUUCUAAUAAAUGUGAAAAACCGGAAUAAAACAUGGGAAAACUGGGAAAAUCGGUACAACAUUAAACUAAUAUUAUUAAAAAAAAAAAUAUAAAGCCUAUAUAAAUAAUUUUACUAUAAAAUGAUGUUUAUAUUGUUAACAAAGCAUCACUAUCAACUUAAUUCCACUCAGAAUAUUGAACUUUACUAUAAUUAUUUUUAAAACCUUUUGACACCUUAAUAGGACUUGUAGGCUGUACAUUCUGUACAAGAAAAAUAAGUUAAAUUAAAUAAAUAAUGUAAAUAAGUAUAUAAUUAUAUUAUUAUAAAUUUGUUUGUUAACAGUUAAAUUAUUCAUAACUGUUUGUGUAUAAAUAAAUAAAUUAAAAUAAUGAUAAUGUUUGUGUGGAAAAAUAAUUCCUAUGAAAUUAUUUUACCCUAAUAUGAUAUAUAUUAUAUAUGAUGUUGGCAAAGCAACACUAUCAACUGAACUCCACUUGGGAUCGUUUUUUCGUUACAUAUAUCAGUAAAACUAUGCAGAAUGAAAUUAUACGUCCACAGUAAAUUAACAAUGGAUAAUAUUAUAAACACAGUAAAGCCCUCUCCAUAUUAUACUAACAUAUAUUUAACGAAAUAACAGAUAAUGAAAAUUAUUUCAAAAAAAUAAUAAGUGAAAUUUUACCGGUGGGGGAGGGGAGGCGGUAAAUUUUGGCUAGUGAUGUUUUACUCUCGAAAAUUUUACCGGGGGAAGUAAAAUUUCACCUGGUAAAUAAUCGUGGGUACACCGGUACUGUAUAUAUAUUAUUCAUAAUUUAGCUGCUAAGAAACAUUAUUUUUUAUUUUUAAAACUUAUAAUAUAGAGGUGUAUGAUACAUUGAUAUUAUAAUAUUAUUAUUCGUCUUUAUUUAGUAGCGUAGGUAUAAGCUACUUUAUGCAUUUGUGCGUGUCUAUCUUUAUUCUCUACAUACGUAUACGCUUUAUCUCACUUACGGUUGCGAAUUUUGGAAUGAGGUUUUCACUAGAUGAUUAACCUAACUUAAUCUUGCUAUUGAUUUUCAGUACAAUCGGUGAAAAACAAGAAUUGUUUUACUCAUCCCGGAGAUUAUUUUCCAAAUAUUUGAUAUAUUCAAUAUUCAAUAUCGAUUUAAACUUACCUUACAAUGAUUCAAAAACAAAAAUGUCUCGUUAAUUUUUGUGUAAGAUUAUGUACUAUAUUAAUGAAAAAUAAAUAAUUCCACUUAGCGCGUUUUUCGUUACUCAUCAAAAAUACAUCACGCUCAUAAACUGCACCUCUCCGUUGUAAUCUCGCUCAAAUGUGAUAAUAAUUGCAUUAUUUCGACGAUAUUUUCCAUCUAUUUUUUAUUUUUUUUUUCAUCCGUAAAUAACAUAACAAUAUAAUAUAUUGCAUGUAUAACAUAAAAAAUAAUAACAAUAAUACGAACAGUCGCGAGGCGUGUAAAAUGCAGCCACUGAACGGCGUUCACGUUUCAAAUUUAAAUCCCGCGCCCAUCUGCUUUUUAUUUUUUUGUUAUGAUUUUUUUUUUUCACAAUAUUUCAUAUACCAAACAUACGCGUGUAUUACAUUGUAUUGUACGGAUACAGGUAUUACACUGGUCGUUCGAUACCAUCCGAUCCCACGGUGCCAGGUGACAGGACGUGUGUAGGUAUAGCUAUGCAUCCAUUUUUCAGAUUCGUCGUAUUAAAACAUUAUUACAACAUGGACCACCACUGGGGUCAUGAAAUUUGUUUUUUUUUUUUCGUCGCGUUUUUGAUGUUCACAAGUAUUGUUGUUGCGUGAUGCUUGCGUAUAUAAUAAUAGAGUGUUGCUCUCCAAUCGUUCGUUAAAACAAUCCACGACAAUCACGUGCAGCAUAGCGAUAAUAAUUCAUCUCAUCAACACACGGCCACUCGAUCAAUGCCGAUAAUAGAUCACAAUAGUGUCUAAAUUGACAACGUCGGCGGCGGUUGGGCCCAGACGCGAGAUUAUUAUUUAGAGAAAAAAAAAUACACGCUCAUAAUGAUAUAACAUACGACGUGUUUGCGUGUACAGGGUGAUCCUUUAGAGUUUAAACUCUGAGCGGAGAGUGCGAAGGACGACUAUUGGAUUUAAAAAAUAUGCGUGUGUGCAGUGGCAAACGCAAAUAGGGGGGGGGGGGCAAAGGUAGUCGGGUGUUCAAACUUUAUGACGAAACAUAAAUUGUUAUUUAAUUUAUAAAUAAUAUAUAUUUUAUUUGCAGCAAUACAAAGGUCAAAAUGUAAUUGACAUUUUUCGUGUUACCCCACCCCGAUAUUUUCCCUGCGUUUGUCACUGUGUAUACGUUUUUUUUUAUGCCUGCUACCACAUUUUCGAUUCUAAUAAAAAUCACACGUAAAUUCACGCUGCUCUUUCGUUUUCCGCCAGACGGUACGUGACUGUUCGACAAUUCUUACUAUAGAUUCUCAACGGUUCCCAAAAUCAACAAAAACACCAAAAAAAAAAAAAAAAACCGAGCCGAUCGAAACAAGUCGAGUGGGCAUGAAAAAUACAUCACUCUGUAUAUUAUGUAUAGGUCGGUAUAAUAUGUCAACAACACGUGCACACGUGACUGCUGCCGAGCAGUGCAACAGAGCAGCUACCAAUAUACACCUAAUGUAGCUGUUGUAAGCCCGUAAAUUAUAUUCCGUCGGAAAUAAUGGUCUUUCGUCUGCCCGGUAGUUGCUGUCGUUAAUUAGGACCCCCCGUGUAGGUCAGUCCGUCGUAUAUACUGUACAGGUGACGGCGUAAAAUCGACAAAUCGAAACGGACGUGUACAGUAUUAUUAUAAUAAUAUUAUUUAUACGCCACGCUCAAUAUGGCGUUUAUGUGAGUUUUUUUUUUUCAGAGAUCAAAGUCAAGUUGACUUUAUACAACUUGACAUUAUUUUUUCCUCUAAACGAAUUUUUUUUAAAAAACCGGUGUUUUAAAAACGUCCGCGGAAUAAAAAAAAUCCCGAUUUUAUUAAAGAUUAUCGAACCGUACGAAUUUCAACCGCAUCGUUUUUUAAACUUCAGAUAAUAUUACGAUUUUCAAUACCAAGUCGUAGUUCGAAACGAUACCGAUGUGCGUAGGUACAUGAUCCCAAAACUCGACAGUUUGAAUAAAUAUUGUCGAAUCUUGUACCAAAAUUCAACGUCACCCGCCUUAUGACCUGUCAACGAAAUUCCCAUCGGAUUUAACGUUUGUUUUACUGAUUUCACGAUUGUUUUAUAUCUUAUCAGUUUUUGUUAAUAUUAUUUAUUUAUUUUUUAUUACAAUUAUUAUAACAUUACGAUUACGUUCCGAUAUAUAAUUAUUCAACGUAAUCUAAAUAUGUUGGUACACCUAUACGACGCUAACCAACAACAUCUCAUUAGAUCGAACCAUAUGUAAGAUUUGGCUUUGGAUGGCGGAAUCGAAUUUUGAAAUUGUUACGUACAACGUGUAAGUAGCUUAUAAUUCAAUCUGCCUUACAAUCGGUUUAUAUUAAAUUUCAUAUUAAAGUAAUUUAUUAUUAUUAGUUUAUUUGCUGUUGCAUUAAUCUAUCCAUUUUCGUAUAUUAUAGUGUUUCGGGUAGGUUUCGUUUUGAAUAAGAAAAUGUUUACGUUCGGGAUGGUAUUUUUUCAUAUAUUUAUUAGGAACCGGCGUAUUUUAGAUUUUGCCGACUAAAAGGUAUCGACUAAAAAAUUCGUAGUUUUAUGAGCAAUAGAUAAUAAAAAGAAAAAAAAAAACGAAGUGGAAAUCACCCAAAUAUCUCUCCCCGCCCCCCCCCCUUUUAAAUAUGCCACUGGAUCCGUUGCCGUUAAGUUUUGUACAUUGAAAGUCGCCUUCCUAUACGGUUAUAAAUAUUCUCAGCCGAAAUGACCUUGUCUGUUUUUGUUUUUCGUUUCGCUCUUGUAUUCGGCCGAGUAUAAAGUCCAUCCGGAGACCGGCCAGGACCAGCCGCCGUUCCGUCCCCGCCCCCUCGGGGCCCUAUCCUCCCGGCACCACUCCACGACCCCGGUGUCCGUACAGCUUCGCCCGCGACCCGCGACAGUGACUCGGCGAGCGGUCAAGCGUACGCGGUUUUCGCGCGUCGUCUACGCGAUCGCCGUCGUCGUCAAUUGUCGCGGUCGCCGCGUCGUUCCGAAAGUUCCGGCGGCGUGCGUUUCCCGCGCGCGCUUUUCCGAUCGAUAUUGCGUUUUGUUUCCCGCCGUCGCUAGCACUCGUUGUCGGCGGCCGUCCCUCCGCGCCGCGGUCGCCGCGGCGUCCCGUUCGGCGGCCGCGGACCGGGGAACGCGCGCGCGGCGCGGAGAAGUGAAAAAACACGCACGCCGCGCACAGACGCACGCACACACACGCACACGCACACACACACACGGCCGCGCGCAGACGGCGGCGUAUAUAUCGCGCGAAAUCUUUCGCUACCGUAAUCAGUACUUCCUUGACCGCCCACGCAGCAACAGCACCGCCGCAGCCGACGCCUCCUCCGCCCGCAGCCGAACGGCACCGUGAUCCGCGCGGUUUCCCGCGGUAAGUUCACAAUCGCUACUAUGUACCAUACCAAUAUUAUAGUUGUUAUCACGCCGCGUGACGUUACAUAUUAUAAUAAUAUCGUCGUGCAUUUUUUCGGAUUUUUUUUUUUAUUACUACCGUUAUUUUUCGCCCGUAAUACAACAAUGUUACAGUAAUGCGUACAUAGUACCUGUUAUUACCUGCGGCGCUCGCGGUGCGCGCCGAUAUUAUUCAUUAUCUCACGAUUUGUAUGCCUAAAAUAAUGAUUAUCAUUAUCUCGUAGCGUAGUACUCGACACCAGCUGUAAUAGGUAUACCGCGAUUUAUUACACCGGACAGAAUAUUGUUUUGGCGUGUUCGUAUAAAAUGUUCGUUGGGUUUUUUUUUUUCAUAUACGCGUGUAAAAUCAUCCCGUCGUCGUCGGGGCUAAUUUUUCGUUACGUUUAAACGCGGGCGACCGUUAAACCGCUCAGACGACGGUCGCACAUCACAUGUAUACGCACCCCAGUCGUGUUUAUUUCAAAACGACAUUUAUUUUAUUGGACAAAACCCGUAUUUUAUCCCGCGCCUUAAGUACCGACGAGUUUCUACGCUAUUGCGUCUUAAGCGUAUUUCGGUGGCUAUAUAUUAAGUGCCUAUAUUCGUCUAAACGAAUCGCUUAAAAAUGUUCGAGAAGUCGACUCUAUACAAUUUCGCUUGACUACGUUUUAAAUUGCGAUAAAAAAAAAAAAAAUAACAAACAAACAAAUCUUUUAUAUACGUAGGUAGCCAAUUCAUCGAAUUUAAUAAUUUUUAAAGUACCUAUAUAGGAAUUUGGAAACGUCCGAAUACAAUUGUUCUUCAAUCGUGAAUAAGAUAGUUAACAUCAUCGUAAUAAUGCGUUCACGCGUCAAACUUCUGAAUGUUAUACACUUCUAAUAAUAAUAAUAAUAAUAUAACAUAGUUCAUUAUGUUCGAUUCUUUACUCCGCAAUGAAUAUUUAUAAAUUACUAUUCGACUCUAUUAUAACCGAAACGUACCUACGGUUUUUAUACGCGAACAACGGUUUUUUGUUGUUUUUUUUUUUUCAAAUUUCGUGUAUAGAAAUACGUAUAAUAUAUUGUUAUUAUAUAUGUUUAAAAAAUUUUAAAUUAAUAUAAUAUUGUUAUGUGUAGACAUUGCUCGUUUUGAGCAGAUAUGUAUAUCUAACGAAAAAACAUUUUAUAAUACACACGGUAGGACAGUACUUACUCGUACAAAAGUAGUAAUAAUAAUUAUUAUUGAUAAAGUAAAUUUCGAAUAAAUUACUUAUACCUACAAUAUUAUUGAUUUUGUACAGAUAACCUAAGAUAUUAUUAUCAUCAUUAACCAUUGAUUAGUUAUACAUAUUUAUAUUAUUAAUAUAAACAAUAAUAUUAUAAUAAAAACAUUAAUAAUAAUUCUUAGAACUGUGGGAUGUUAAAAAUAACCGAUAAAUCGUAUAUACGUAAUAAAUACUACGGGGACUUAAACUCCAACCCCUUCCAACAAAUAUUUGGGCUAUUUGCAUGUACAUGCUGGUGUCGAUUUGUUUCCCCUUAUAGUAUAUAACUUGAUCGUUUAUAAAUUUAAGAGCGAGUCUCUCGUCGACCAUUAUCAACAGUAAGAACAAUAGUUAUUAUAAGUAAUAAUAUGUUCACGCAAAAUAGAUAUAAGUAUAUUUUGUAAAACGAAAUGUAACAAAUAUUUAGAAGAUUUUUGAGUUAUCGGUCCGAAAAAAGACAAUAAGACAAUAAGGAUUUUUUAAAAAAAAAAAAAAAAAACGUAUUUUUGUUUUCACGAUUUUGACCUAAUCCAUUUAUCUAUAUACAUCAAAAGUAGUUUUCGAUAGUAAUUUGUUCUGUUAUACGCAACCAUUAUAUUUUCAAACGAAUUUCAAUUGAAAAACUAAUCUGUUCAAUCAGUGGCGCAGCUAACAUAGGACAAAAUGGGGUAGUACCCCGGGGCCCCAGAUCUCGGAGGGUCUCGGACAAUUCUGAAAUUACUUCCUUAGAAUAAUUGCAAAUUUUGAUGUAUUUAAUAAUGAAUGUUUUAAAUCUUACGCGGUAAUUCCAGUCACAAUCAGUAUUUAAGUACCUAAAACAAUAGUGCACACAACAAUAUGCAAUUAACGGUGUUCAUCCUACUGAUAGUUAUAAUUUGUAUAGUAUAUUAAACUGGAUUUCUUUUUGCUUUGUUUAUUUAUUAAUUAUCUGUUUAUUAUUUUCAUUUGUGGUUUCAUAGUAAGCAUUUUCACCUAAAAAUUCAAUGUAACGUGUAUAGGUAUAUUUCGAAUUUUCAUAAUGAUCAUAUUAGUUCGAGGGCCUUGUUUUUUAAUCGCACCGGGGCCCUUUUCCAUCUAGCUACGCCACUGUGAGAUCAAUGUUCUUCUUAGUGUGUAUCUUGCGUAUCCCAAGAAGUUAAUAGUAGGCAGUAAACGAUAACGAAUUCUAUAGAUGCUAUAGAUACCUAAAUACCGGAUUCUGAAAUCCUAAAAGCUAUACUCUACUAAUUAAAGCCCGUUGUUAAUAUUAUAUAGGUUAUAAUUAAUCUAAUUAAAAUAAACACGUGGCUCUGUAGUUUUAAGUUUAAUUAAUCAAAACGACUAGGCACUAAUUUAUUUAAAAAAAAUAAAACUGAUUUCCGCUUAUAUGAUAUGAAAUUAUCAGUGCUUUUAAUAUAAUAUAUUGACCGAUUUUAAACGAUCUCGAAAAACGCCUUUGAAUAUUAUAGGGACAGCGCGUAUUACUCGGAUGGUAACUCGAAAUAUUUCAACCAGAUAGACUCAGAUUAAAAUGCAUUAAUUUUUUUUAAGAAGAUAAUCGGAGACCAAUACUUACAUACCCUCUUACAUAUUUUGUGAUUUGAUGAGCCUAUUUUUAAAAUUUUUACCUUCACGGUAUGCGCGAAAAUUCAUAUUUUUUAAUCAACUUUAGGUGAUCGGUCUAAUGAUCCGAAUUAAUUGUUUUGGUGGGAAAAAAUGAAUUGGACAGAGUUGCUUGAGAAAAGAAAUAGGACUAUUCGAACCUGGUGGGUUCCAAAAACGUAUGUUUCUGUUUACGAUAAAUUUAAGUUUUAUUGUGCGCGAACGACCGCCGCAAAAAUUCAAGUUUUGAAAAUUGGGUCAAAAUGUUAAUUUUUGGUUUCACUUCGGGGGUGGGGCCGCUAAAAAAAACCCCAUUUUCGUCUAUGUGCGGCUAAAAUAUUUCACGUUCGUUAUCAUUUGAGCGAAACGCAUCACACUGUAUAAGAGAACGGUGGCGCUGGUCUGUAUAUCGGCAACUGUUUAAACAGAAUAUGUGUUCAAAUCGUGAAAUUAUUUUAAUGUUUUGUAUGCUGUAUAUAAUACACGCGGAAAUAUUACACAUAUAUACACGAGAUGAUGUAUAAUUAUUCAACAAACGUGAAAAAAUACAAUACCGUACUCACGUUAUACAUAUACAUAUGUAAUUUAUAUGAAAUUUGCAUACCUAACGUUGAAGCGAAUGAAACUGAAUAUAAUCCCUAAAAAAAUAUUAAAUUUAAAAAAAAAGAAGAAAAACGCUCGACUAAUCCGCGGCGUUGGUUUAGCAGCGGUGGUGUUUCAAUUAUAAUAUUGUAUUACAGCGCGGAAGGUAUACAAAUGAUAUUAUUUAUCAGUAAGCUUUUUUUUAUAAUAUAUUUAAUUAGUAAUAUAAUAAUUAUGAUAUUUUACGUACUCGGUUAUUUUAAAUUUAACAUUUUAUAUUAUUAUUUUUUUUUGUUUUCUAACGGGCAAUAUCUUAAAACCUACAACAGUUUUCAUAAGUUUUCAUAAGAAAUUAUAUUUAUCUAUACUUUUCAAAAGUAAUAGAAUUACAAUGUUUCACUAAUUGUUACCUUUCUAAAACCUAAUGGCAUUAUUACACACAACAUUAUAUUUACUUCAAAAUGUAUAUGUAAUUAAUAGUUACUAGGUAAUAGAUACUAUAUUUAUUUCUGAAAGUAUUAUUUCCAUUGUUUUGAUGAAAUCCAUUUUUUAUUUUAAGUUUUAACAGUUAUAAAUAUUUGUCAAACCAAUUAAAAAUAGAUAAUUCGUAGUUUUUAAAGUAAAUCUGCUGUCGAAAUUAUUGUUAACAAUAGUAACGAUGAGUAAAAAAAUUGUAAUUACAUUACGCAAUUAAAGCGAUGCACGUUACGCUUCAUUAAUCACGAAACUGCUCAAAACCUAUAAAGGCGGUGGACGUUGUAAUUUUUUCAUAAUAUAUAGAAUAUUUGUACAGCUUAACUGAAUAUCUGAUCAUUAUAUUAUACGGUUUUCAUGCCAAGGUCUAACGUAAUAAACGAUUUUUUUCUUAUUCUUCUUGUUCAGCUUGCUGGUCGGUUGUGGACCAUUGAUGCCAUCUGCAUGAAACCUAGUCCCAUCUCUCUCUCUGCUGUACCUACGCCAGGUCAAAAGUCGCGUUCUCUUCAAUGUCUUUUGUAUUAUGAGCGAUAAUGCGUACAUCCACCCAGCGGGUCUUGGGUCAUCCUAAUGGUCGUUUUCUGUUCAUUUUACUUAUCAAUACUUCUUUUAUUAACUUAGCGUUAGCUUUCCAAACAUGUCCGCACCAUUAAGAUAGAAUAUUUUUUAGUUCUCGCAAGUCUUGAUUAUUUUCUUCUCUCGUGUAGGUCUGCGACUUUGUUUUAUAUUUUGGGUCAUAUAUUUCACAAUACCUUUUUUUCAAAAGUAAUCAGCCAUCUCGUAUUUGUUCGACCCGGUUUUGUUCGCGUAUACCUACAACUACUGGUCGAUACAUUACAAUUUCAGUGUUUUUUUUUUUUUUUAAUAGGUAUUAUCUAAAUGUUAUUUUCUGUUGGUUUUUUACAAUACUAUCGAAAUAUAUAAUAUAUCAAGUAUACCUAUCUAAGCAUUUCGGGUUUCUUGUCUCGCUUUUUAGAAGAAUAUGCUAAAAAGAUAUGAAUCAACAAUAAUAUAAUUAUAUACGUUUUAGAUUUUGAAAUGUAAAUAUAAUUUUAUUGCAUGAUGUAGUGUUUUAUUUUUUUUAUGUGUCUGUAAACAUGUUUAAUAUCCCAAAUCUUUCUCCAACUAAAAACGUUAUAAAAACUUUCUUGUAGUAUUUUUGAAUUAGUUGGUGCUGUGAGAAUGUAGUUUUUUAAUUUUCUUUGAAGUUUUAUAAAUAAACCGGAAAAACUAACAAUUAUUGGUAUUACUUUUGCUGAUUUCUGGUUAAUCAUACUAAUUACUACCUACAGUGUAAUGUAGGUAGAUCCUAUACGACUAAUACUAUUUUGCUCAGAAUCGUUUUUCGUUAGCAAUAGUUUAUCGGUGGUUCAUCGGUGCAUACAGAUAUAAAUCAAAUUAUCUAUCUUAAUAGUUAUUAAUAAGUAAAUAAUAAAUAAUAAUAAAUAUAUAAUAAUAUAAUAAUAAUAAAUUAAUAAAUAAUAAUUAUCUAUCUAUAUUAAUCUAUGUAUCUCCCUUUCCGACUUCUCUCCAAAAACAGUGACACACCCAAGUAUCAACCUUUUUAUAUUUCAAACCAUUUUCAAAUAUUGAACAUCCUAUAUAUAUAUAUAUACUAUAUUAUAUGCCUAUAUAAUAAUAAAAUAUCUCUCUUCCUAUGAAUUUUGUAUUGAUAUUAAUAUUUGAUAUGCAAGUUUUAUAGGUAGUAUUUCGUUAUUAAAUAAUUUUAUUAUAGUAUAGUAUUUUUUUUUAAAAAAUUAAAUUACCUAAUAUUUUAUUUACAUUCACAGAAUAAUUGAACGAAAAAAUAGAUAUUUUUUAAAAGCAAUUUCAUUUCAAUGGGGUUUUCAAAUGUUCGUCACAAUUGUUUUAAAUUAUUAUUCGGUAAAAUAUUAGAAAUAAAAAUAUAUAUAUAUCGGUGUAUUAAGCUAUAAAAAAUAAUACUUAUAAUAUGUAAGUCCACUUAAUUUAUAGUCGGCAUUGUUUAUUAAAUGAAUAUGUAGGCACAUUUAUGCUAAAAAAAUGUUAAAUAUUUCAAUACUAUUUUAAGUAUUUAUAAUACGUAUAAAAAUUAACUUCUCGAGUAUAAUCGAUUCCGCCGAAAUUACCUUUAUACCUGUAAAAAAAAUGUAUUAAUUUCCGCUGGCUCUCAACUCCGUCAAACUUUUUUACAUGUUUAUUCUAAUUGUUUUUUUUUUUAUUUUAAUUGAUACUAAGCACAAAUCAUCCAUUAAAAAUUAUUUCAAAUAUAAUUUUUUUAUGGUGGUGUAACAUAAAACGCGCAAACGAUUACAACCGUUACUAAAUGUUUAUUAUAUUUGAACACUAGACCAUAUUAGAAAAUCUAAACUUGUAGUUUUAUUUCGGAUUUCCGGCUUUUCGAUGAAAUUCUUAUUUAUUAUAAAGAUUUUGGUGUGAAACCGAUGCGAUAAUACGCAAUACUCAAUAGAAUAAAUAUAUGUAUCAUACUAUCUGUAUUAUCCCCAACUUUUUCCUUUUUUUUUAUCUCUACAGUUUAUUGUACAUAAUAUACACUGUACAUACAUUGUAUAUAUUGGUCUAAUUUAGUGCCCUUUGUCCGCAAACAUUUUGACUUUCAUGCCUUAUAUCACCUAUUCACCUAUUUUAGGGGUGGAAUUUUCAAAAAUCCUAACCUUCCUCAAUGAAUCAGUUAAUGAAUCAGUUUCUUCACUAAUUUAUUCAACAAAAUACAGUGUUCAUGGUUUCUAACCUGCUUAUUCUACUAUUAUAUUAAUCUAAAUAUAUAUUCGGCGGAAUCGAUUUUUACAAAUGUUCGACGAAGCCAGCGGAAUUGAUAUUAAAACAGCGGAAUCAAUAAAUCCCCAACUUCUCGAAUAAACUAUAUUAUAUUAUAAUAUAAUAUCGCAUAAUACAUAAAUACUCAUUUAUAUUUUCUAACUUCAUAAAAACCUCUGGAAAUGUUUAAAACAAAAAAACUUGUACUUUUAUGAAAUAUUUUGUUGACGUUUAUUUUGUGCUUUUACUUAAAAACCCGCAUAGUAUAUUAUCAUAUAAAGUAAUGGAUUAUACUUAUUUACGUUUAUUUUGACUUUAAUCCGCGUUGCGGGGUUUUAAAAACAAAAUAUAUUGUUUGGUGAGCUAUAUAGGUAGUUGUAUAAUUCACCAAAAUUAAAUAAAAAAAAUGUUUAAACAAUACUAAAAUUAGAUCAUGACUUUAUUUUAAAACAUAAAAAUAUAUUAUGCUAAACGAAUUCUUUAUUUGAACAUAAAUUGUUAAUAAACUAAAUUAGGUAACGUAAAAAAAAAAAUGCUCUAACCGUGUGUAAUUUAAUAUUUACGUAAUGAAAAUUAUAAAUUUAUAUACAAUAUACAACCAAUGUUAUAAUGAUAUUUUAUUUUUAAUGUUUUCAUAAUAUGAAUUCGCUUGGAGUAAGUUAAAUCUAAAAAAAAACAAAAAAAUGUAUAUAUAUUAUAAAGGUUCACAAAUAUUAAGAUAAGCAUACUAAGUCAGUAAAUGUAAAAAAUUAUUAAAUUUAUAAUUUUCGGUCACAUACAUAUUACAUAAGCGUCAUUUUAGAGUACACUUUUAGUUCAGUUAUGAUAUUAUUAUUACAAAACGAGGGAACAGUAUAUAAUUGGGUCGGUUUGUUGAACAGAAUAAGGUAGACAUUUUAGUAAUGCUUCGAAUGGUGUUUACACGUUCAAAUUAAUUACAGCUGAUGGUAUCAUAUUGGUGUCAUCAUAUUCUGAAAAACAUAUAAAACAAUUUUACAAAUUACGCAUAGGGUGGCUAGCUAUUAAUUUACAACCCCCAAUAAAAAUCGUAGGGUAGCAGUUUCUACCUCUCCAUAUCCAUAAUAACGCAUAUUAUAUGAAUAUAUUACAUAAAUAAAUAAUCAAAUGUUCGAUUUUGACUGACGGGAAACUGAACGAUUUUGUAUAAACAUUUAUUUAUUUUUGUUCCUAUUAAGUCGAGAUGAUAAUAUUAUGUUACAAAAAUAUAGCGAUGUAUAUAACUGGUACAAGUGUAAAAUACUACCUAUACAAAAAUGUUAUAUUAUGAUAAAAUUAUCCAAAUGAUAUAAUCGUAUAAUAAUUAAUGUUUACUUAUCGAAGAAAAUCCUGUUCCCAUAAACCUAUGUCAGAUACUUAUUUAUUAAAGUAAAUAGAUAUAUUUAUUUUUCUACGCUUUUUGUUAUAUUUUUUUGGGAAUGGGGGGGGGGCUGAAAACAAUUGAUGAUCGUAAAUUAAUAGGAGAGGCAGACCUAAUUGAUUUAUGCGUGAUAAAAUGCAUCUGUAAUGUAAAAACAGAAGCGUCAUAAUAUAGAGCCGAGUCGAAAUGUUUUAGUAUCAGAACAACAUUGUUCAACAUGAUGAUAAAUUGAUGGGGGUUUUUCUUUUAAAGAUGUGUUUGUCAAACAUAAACAAUUUAUUUAAUUAAUUUGUUCAGUACAGUUAUAUACGUUUAUACAAUAUGUAAUAUGUGGGGUUUUUUUUUUAUUCAUUGAUAUUUUAUACGUAUAAAUUACUUAAAUAUAGUUUCCCCAUCAUAUUUUAUUCGUUUCUGCAAUCUUUUUAUUUAAAUGGGAAAAGAAAACAAUAAGGAUUCAGGUAUGGUCACUCGGAUGAGAUUUUGUAAUUUAUGUUUACAUAUUGUUUAAAUGUGUACAUAACUAUAAUUAUUUUCAAUGUGAGUGAUACUAAAAUAAUAAUAAUAAUAAAAAAAAAAGCAUAACAAAUUUUAACCGAUUAAAUUAUGUUUAAAUGGAUUUAAAUGCUAUUUUUUCGCGCCACUCCCUAUAUAGUAUAAUCCUCGUCUAUUUUAUUCGACCAUCGCGUUUUAUUUACCGUUUACAAUAUUACUGUUAUCGGGUUGUUUUGUUAGCACCUACUAUUUUUGUUUUCAUUUAUUUAAACGCAUAAGUUAUUAAAUUUUAUUCGACAAAUUGUCUGGUAAACAACGGCACUUAAUAACACAAUAAUAUAUAUAGCAAUAGACUUGGGAAUAACUACAGCGGUUCGAGAUAAAUCACCACUUGUGCAAUAGUCGAAAUGCUCGUAUUUUACAAUUCUUUUAUGUGACUCAAACUCAAAUACCAGCCGUUUAUUUUAUUACGGAAAUCGAACAAAGCAAACGAAAAUCGUGUGGCCCGAAAUUAUUUUAGGAGAACAAAAUAUUUCCUAAAUCGCAUUUGAAUUAAUUGUUAAUUAAAAUACCGUUAAUAGUAAAGGUUAAUUGUACUAUACACGAUGGAAGAGAUCUGGUGGCUACAUACUCCGAAUUCCCAGUAGUAUAUUAAUUUAUUAGUUUAUCGACUUUGACAUUUGACACUGUAUAAUUUUUAUUAUUAUUUGAGUUAUUUGUUCGAGGCCUCUGGGACCAUCCCGUCUCACAACCAAUGUUCCAGUUAUCUUCAAAAUCGUCCAAUUAGGUUCAUCUCCUUUUUUAAAUUUACUUCUUCCUGCUUCAUUCUCGGCCUUCCCAAAGGGCUUUUCCUUAUUUUGUGUUCUUUUUUAACGAUCUCUAAAAUAUUAUUUUCUCCUAACGUUAUCUGCAGUUAUCAUAGCUAUCAGGUUUUUCUUCAUCUCUGCUCUUCGGUUAGUUCUUUAUUUUUCACAAUAAUUUUAGUUAGUUCAUUUACAUUGGGUACAACCUAUAUUACAUAUAUUUUAAGCACAAAAGAUUGCAAUAUUAGUACAUUAAAUUAUUAAAUUCAACGCAAUACAUUCAACCAAAAUCUUAUAUUCUAAAAGGCCAGAUCCGCUUUUUAUUAUUUUAAACCGUAAAUUGUAGCGUUGAUUAAUCAUUGCGUACAAAUAUACAUUAAAUUCCUCUGAAUAUCCUACCUUCCCAAUUUCUCAUCUACACCAGUGACCCACCCAUCGUGCGAAGUAUAUAUUAGUCCUAUAAAAUUUGUAUGUAAAAAAGUUUUUUUCUUUAAGAUUUUCAGCAUUUGGAUUCAGUACUAGCCAUUUUAAAUAUUUUAAUGACCGUUAUAACCCACCACGUACGACGGGUGUACAACUACAUCAUAUUAAUAUGAUGUUAACGUUAAUUUGGUGUUAACGCCUGAAAGGACGAUGUUAUUAAUUACAAUUUAAAUUACGAAAAAAUAAAAGUAAAUUACGAAUGUUUGAAAUAAUAUGAGUUAUUGUAAUAAAUUAUUAUGCUUAUAUAUAAUAAUGUAUGUAUAGCGUAUUAAUUAAAAUUUUAGUAAAUAAUAUUUAAGUGGUCUUAUUCUAUAAUAAAUUUACCGCCCAGACAUAAAUACGAUGAAAGAAAAAGACCUUAUGUGUGCGUAAAACGUUAAAUUUCGGUAUAAAAUGGGUAAAUAUUACGUGUAUUUAAUUAAUUAGAUUCGGAGCGUAGCGGGGAUCUAUUUAUUUUACUAUAUAAUGUGUAUUUAUUUUUUUCCUGUCUGUUUUGUUUACAUUUACCACAUUAUUUUUAUUCAAAUCAAAAGCUUAGAAAAUUGAAAUCAUUAUAUUUUACAGCGAGUACAAUACUGUAAAUUUUAAAGUGCCUAAUAAAUUAUAUAUAUAUAUAUAUAUAUAUAUAUACUAUAUACUCGUAUAUACGGAAUACGUGCAGCAAAGUAAAACGAGGGGGUAACACGGAGGAGACUUAAAAUUGUAUUACUAGGGCGUGCAAAACAAUUAACAAACUAUAUAUACUACCGCCGUUAAAAAGCGAAUAUGCGUAUUCUCGAUAUAGCCGUUAUAACUCUUAACUUUCAAUUAAAACUUUAAAAUCAAACUUUUGAUUUACGGGUUGUAUGCUAUAUUAUUAUAUUAAGACGCGGAGAUUGUUAACCGAAAUUAUUUUAUGAGGUAUUAGGUAAGCAAAUACAAUAACACUUUGUAUCGCAGUUAUUUCGAUUCCGCAAUAUAUAAGGAUAACGAAGAGAAAUAAUAAUUGCACCAAACUGUAUUCUGACCAUUAUUAUUAUAAAAUCUACUAUACCUAUGCAAUAUUUAUUGAUAAUUUUACGAAAUGGCAAAGUAUGUUCAAAACUCGUUGUAUUAUAUCUCUCUUCUUUACCACAACUUAACAAUAGCUCUUCAAUAAGAUGAACCUUAUAGCAGUCAACGAAACUUCAUUUCAUAUUUGUCUCUGCAUAUCGAAUACAUUAUUCUUCCCAAUCAAUAUUUUCUUUUUUCUACGGACUUUCUUUAAUUCCCUUUGUCAGAUUCUACCUGCUUGUUCAUCUCCUUUCAAUAUAGCCACUCUGAUUCCGUCUUAUUAUUUUUCCCCGCGUAUCGCAAGUCCAAACCUCUCCAAAUCUUUGCCCUUUGAUAAAAUAUGUAUACCCAGUAAUUUUGUCACCUCAUGCAGCUCAUGUUCCCUUUUUAACAUCAGAAAACCGUAUGAUAUUUAUCAAUAAUCGAUAUUAUCAAUAUUUAUGUGACGUAUCUACACAAAAUACAAAAAUAACGUGAACCAUAAAGGUAUCAUAAUAUUGUUUUUCAUUAAUUUUCACCAAAACCACACAAUUUCAUUUUAUCACACUUACACAAUAAUAAUAUUAUGUACUGACAAUUACGACUUACGAGUUACGGUCGUUAGGCACGCGCAUAAAAUGUUUGAGUACAGUUUGAACUUUAUACGCACAUUAUCACACGAAUGACGAAUCUUGAAUUUGUCGCUGCCAGAACUCUUUUAAAAUAUAUUACUUAUGGUUAUAAUACGCUACCAUAACUUCAAUCAAUGUAAGUAGAUAUCAAAUUUAAUUUCUUAUUAAUCAUGUUAAAUAAUCAUCAGGGGUACCUUCUAACCAAUAUCAUGUGGUACAGGAAACAUGUUUAUAUGAACGUAAAUAAGAAAGGUUUUAUUUUGUAUUUUUAAAAUAUCCAACUGUUAAUAUUGCUAUACGACAACGUAAAAUUGUCGUAUAGACGUAUUGUAAUGUGAGUUUUUUUUUCAUCGUUUUGUGUAGAAUACGACGAAUUUAUAAUAUUACCUUAAAUAUUAUACCUUAUUUACCGUAGGUUUAAAAUUAUAGUUUUCUAUUUACCUUGAAUAUUGGCACAUACGUAAACAAUUUUAGUUUAGUUAAAUACUUAAAUUUUUAAAAAAUUAUAUAUGUUAUUUUCCAACGUGUAGUUUAAUAUCAUAUGUUAUAAAACAUGAAAAUACUUUUAUUUUUAAAAUAAUAUUUGUUAAACCCUAUAUAUAAUUAUAAUGGAAAUAAUAAAUAUUAAUAAUAAUAAUUUGAGGUAGGUGAUUGAAAACCAUUUUUUUAAGAUUAAAAAUUUAGUUUAAAGUCAUUAGGAAAAAUUUUAGUUUCGAAUAUCCAUUAAAAAUAAUAAUUACUGAUGAUCGAAGUUAUCCAAAAAACGGAGUGACUCCGAACAAACUUUGCCUUUCAAAAAAAAUUACAGAUUUUAAUUAUUUUAAAUUUGUUUAUAUGCAAUUUUAUUCUAAUAUAUCCGAAAAAUAACUUUUUUUUCACACUUUUGCAAUUAAUGUUUUGAGAAAUAAAAAAAAAAACAUUGACAUCUGUUUCAAGUCAUCCCGUUUUACGGUACAUAUUACCAUAUUUUAACAAGUUAUAUUCGGGACGUCACGCUGAAAUUGUUUUUUUUUUUUUAAUUAUAUAUUUCGAAACUUUAAUAAAAUAAUAUUGUAUUAUUAUAAUGGUAACCGUUAAAUCACACGCGAACCAAACUAUGUGUUUAAUAUACAUAUUAAUACUAUAUGGUAUUAUAUUAAAUUUUGUACGUUUUACAAAAACGUGUGGGUUUGUGUGAGUAUUGGUCGUGUUGUUCGUUCCCACGCUACACAAAAAUUAUACGCGAAAUUUCAAACACGAUGUUAAUAAGAGUCACGCCGAUGAUGCCGUGCGUGCGUCACAGCCAAUUGCGUGUGCAUACGAAACUUUCAAAAUCCCUUCGAUUUAUCGCCGUACAAUUGAAUGCACACGCCUACUGGCAUAAUUAAGGGCAACGUUAAGUUUUUUACCCCACGAAAACAAUUUUUUUUUUACAUUCUGAGCGAAGCGAACAAAAUGUAUUGAAGUUUUACUGCGAAGUGGGCUUUUUGUCCCCGUCUGUAUAUUAUUAUUUUAUCAAAUGUAUAGAUCCGUAAUACGUUUACCGAAUUUUUCAUAUCGCUAUAUAUAUAUAUUAUAUUAUAUAGACAUUUUUCAUAGACAAAAGUAUUCUUCCACUUUUUUUAAGUUAGAAAUUGACGAGGUGUUUUAGAUUAUCGAUACUAGUGGAUUUUUCAAUUUCAAUAAGAAAAAACAAAUGUUUUACCGAGAGCUUCAUCAUUCGAAAUCGUAUUAUGCAGUUUAUUAUGAUUUAUUAUUGUUGGCCACCACAUUCGAGAUUUAACCCGAAUUGUUCUAUAUAUUAUUUUAAUAAUAUACCCUAACUAUUCAACUCUCCACGCACAACAGUGGUCUUGAGUGACAACAGUUUUUUUUUUUCAAAUUAAUUUUAUUCCAAUGGCCGUCGAUCUAAUUCGAAACAGUUUUUUGUUUUUAUUAUUAUUAAUAUUAUUAUUCUAUACGCUAUUUCCCCUCUUUUCUGCAAAUAUUUCACGUAAAAUAUUAUAUACAAUUAUAAAACAGUAUUUUUAACUAUAAAAAAACUUAAUUUGAUUUCCAUGUAGCUAAUAUUAUAGUUAAAAAUGUAUGGGAGCCGACAAUUUUAUAAUAAUCAUUCUAUACAAAGUCGAGUUCACGACAUAAUAUCGUAAAUAACACAUAGAUGUGUGUAAUAAUAGCAGUAUAGCGCUUAACCACGAUAGCCAUUAAAAGUUACCCAAUCCUUACACCGUCAUUACAAUAUAAUAAAGGUACUUUCUAAUGUAUUUGUAUUGGCGAUAAAUAUAUUUCUUUUUCUUAUGGUUCAAUAAUAUAAAACACCCCGGUCAAAGUUUAAAAUUACUGAACUACUGAAACUUUUUUUAUCUAUGCUAUUUUUAAAAAUCUUGAACAAAACCAUCGAGUUUAAUACACACCUAUACAUGGUAAAAGUAAAUUAAUUUCUAAAAUAUGUUUACGGUGAUUAUAAUGGUUUGAUUUUAUUAUUAUUUUAAUAUACUUGUAUUAUAUAGUAUAUAUAAGUACUUAGUGCAAAAAAUAAAAAUACUCUUCGAGAGAAUAACUUUCUAUUGAACCAAAACUUUAUAAUUAUUGCUUCUUAAUUCGAAUAUGAAAAUACAAUCAAUAUUAUAGCUUUUUUUUCUGUAUAAAAUGUAUACCUAUAAGCUUUCAAUUUGAAAAAAGUUUUCUCGAAAUUAUUAUUUCUUCUUUCAAUUCGAUGUUUGUUUUCAAUUGUUUUUGCUCCAAUGUUCUGCGCGUAUUACAUUGCUAUAAAAUACAAGCCCUGCGAUAUAAACCGAAUAAACCAACAGUAAAUAAUAAAAACGUAUAAUUUUGAAACUAGCCGUAAAAUAAAGCCAAGUAUUAAUUUAUUAUCAGAAUAAAAAAAAAACCCCAUUUAUACGCGCACAAAGUUUUAAGGAUUUAAUAAAAUAUGCUGAAACUUUGGAAAUAAUUUAUCGACGCUUCUCGCGAUGCUGUAUAAUUUAGCUAGUCUUUUAAGAUCAAUUUUACAGUAGGUAGGUAGGUAAUUGAAUCCGUUCGAACCGUACUCUAUAUAGACAGACCACAUUGUUUAAAGAAUACAAAUUUCAUAUUGUGUUUCAAAAACACGUCAUUAUUCAACAACACCGAGUCUAUACUGCACACUCGACGUGUCUGACUGAGUAUACUUUUUUUUUUAAUCUGCAUACCUAAAAUUAAUUAAUUCGUCCUCCAAGUGGAAUAUUCAUAUUAUAUGUGUUGGUAUAAUAUACUUUAUAUACUUUCUUCGCAAGAUUUCAAAUAAACCUAUAUAAUAUAAUAUACAAGAAGACGGCAAAAAUAUUAUUCGUCGAAAGUCCAUGAUCCAUGUAUUUACUAUAGAUACGAAAAAUCAAUUUUAAUUCAACAUUUUCAAUCAGUUAUGUCAGUUUAUUUUCACAUAGUAAUAUUCAAAGCACGAUAAUAUGAACAGUAGGUACCACAACCCAUAUUUUAAUAAAACGGGUUAUUAAUACGAGACUGUACAUUAUCGUUUUAAGAUAUUAAAAUUCAACUUUUAAUGUUGAUAAAGUUUAAUUUAAUAAUAUAAUUUAAACUUAGCUUUAAACCUAUCCUUUUUUUUAUCGACUUGACUUUUAACUAAAUUAUUUUUUUUUUUUUCAUAGAUUUAUUAGUAAAUGAUGUGUUAAUUUUGAUUUAAAAUGCGUUUAAGUUAAUUUUAAUUUUAACUCAAUAUUAAAUAUAAAAUCUUUAAUUCACUAUUUAAAUAAGUAGGUACUAUCGCAUAUAGGUACAUAAUAAUAAUUUUUUUUUUCGUAGGCGUAGGAAAGUGUUUAAUAUUUCAGGAACCACUUUCACUAUUUAUGUGACAAAAACAAUAAUUUUUACAAACAAUAAUAACUUCUAACCUUAAAUUUAUUAGUUUAAUUUUCAAAUAACUUUUAACGUUUAGUGAUAAAUAAACUAAUCCGAGUUAAUAAUAUUUUAAUUAAUUUACUUACUCAUGCCUUAAAUUUUAUAUUGCAGUAACAAAUGUUACCAAAAUCGUGACUUCAAAAUUUAAUCAAAAAAAUUUAUUUUUUCAAAUUUCAUUGUGCAUUAUUAAUUGUUUCAUAGUGAAAAAUCUAUUUUAAUAUAGGUACGUUUUAUUUUAAUACUAUAAUACAUUAAGGUAUAGACGUUAAAACAUGUAUUAUAAUCGAGUAUAUUGUUUUUAUUAAAUUAAAUUUAUUAUUUCUGUAAUUUAUAAAAAUGUUCAGGACCUUUAUGUCAUAAAAAAUAAUUGUUUAUACUGUAUUGAAGAAAACAAUUAAAAAUAAAUUUAUUGUAUUAUAAAAAUUAUACUGCCAAGGUUCGAACAUUUUAAAAAUACAUAAUCUACUGAAAUGUGCCGUUUAUUUUUGAAAAAAGAACAAUUUUUGUCCUUUAUAAUAUUUUUGGUUGAAUGAAAAUAACGUAUAAAAAAAAAUGUUAAAUUUAAUUAUAACUAAUCAUCAAUUAUUACAAGGAAAUAAAGUUGAAGAUACUUACAAUAAGGAGACUACACAGUUAUCGGAAAAUGAUAACGCAAGGCUUGUAACAACAUUGAAAUAGAAAAAAAAUCCACCACGCCAAACUUCCUAUUAUGCUUUAUGGAAGUUAUAGUGUCCUAAGUAAAAACCUAUAACCUUUAGUCAUUUAUAAUUUACGUCGACGACGGGCAGAAAUAAAGAAGGAAAAUGGAAAAUGCCACGUCUGGUGACAUUUUGAAGUAGAAAUGUAGCGUGGCGGCGAAACGAUAAUGCGCAAGAACAAUAAUAUUUAUAUUUAGCUUGGUAUACUGAAUUUACAGUAUUAUGAUAUUUUGCGGUUGGAAACAGUGAUAUAUUGUACCUGGGUCCCUUAACAUUUUUUUGACAACAGUACGAAUAACUCCCUCCGUUAAAAAAAUAAUAAUAACAGUUCUUGUGGAAAACGAAAACCCAGUUACAGCAAAUAACUUAAUAUGCGACUCAUAUAAUAUAUGCCUACAUAGAUUAUAAAUUAUAUCAUGUUAAAAUACAACGUAAAUAUACAUAUGAAUCAGUUUAUUUCAAAAGUUGAACAUAAAAUUAUAGGUUAUUCGCAAAACUCUUUGAACGGUACAAGUUUUUUUUUUUACAUAAUUUGGUCUUUAUAAUGCAAUAGAGGUAUAAUUAUUAUCUAAUUAUGCGCAUACUACAGCUCGGUUGUAAGCUGGUACUAUACAGUUUUAAUGUUUUUAAUUAGAUUCGACACGAUGAAACCUUUAAAAAGUACGUAUUAUAGACAUUCGGUGGUAUUCAGAAGCCAUGCUCACGAACCUAUAUAUAUAUAUUAUACCUGUAUACCUAUAUAUACAGGUAUAAUAAUUUAUCACUAUAUUAUUAUGUGACGUCAUAGACAAUUUUUUUAAAUUUUCAACAGAAAGAUGUGGUAUUUUUUACCUGCAUUAAUCCAACAUCCAAUAUAUCCGAGUUUAGAGUUUAUUGCCGAUUUAAAACAAUUUCAAAAUGUAAGAAUAAGGCGAUAUUCUGAUUAUGAUUUGUUCACCCUUGAAUAAAAUUAGUACCAAAACCAUUUCGCUACCGUUUUUAAUUAGUUUUAAAUCAUUUGACGUCAUUACUAUAAUUGAUUAGUUACUAAUUGUAAGAUUUAUCUUAUACAAUAUAUUUUAUGAUUUAACACUCGUUUUUUCGUUUCAGAAUUUUUUUUUCGUUUACUUUUUUCACAUUGUCGGUAAAAUAGAGGGGUUGUGUAGCCCGAAUAUUAACGCUAUUAGUGCGUGGGAAUUCGAGUAGGUAUGUUCAUUAAAACAAAAUAACCGUAUUUUUGUUUUUGUUUUUCACAUGAAUAAAAAAAUAGGUCGUCGCAUAUUAUAUAAUAUGUUUCGCCUGCUGCUACAAACUUAUAGGUAUACCCGUUCACUAAUGACUUCGAACCCGCGAUUUAAUGUGAGUUAUACAGGGUGAUUAAUUUUUUAUCACUAUCAAAGUUGAAAGGGAGUGAAAAUUCACUUCAAUAUAUGUAUUGUUCAAAAUACUUAACUUGAAUUUAUCAAAAUUAAACCAAAAUAUAAUUUUAAAAUUUUACGAUAAAAAAACAUUUUAAUAAAUAUAUGUACAUAAAUAUUAUACAUAAACUGAAACAGAUAAAAAGGUAUUAUAAGUACGUACAUAUGUGCUAUUUAUUAAAUACAGUAGAAAAAAAUCGGUGUAGAGUAGUACUUUAGGGAGAUCAUUUUUCGAUUUUUUCAAAAGUUUUCUCUUGAAAUGCGAAAAAAUGAAAAAAAAAAAAUCGGAAAAUUUACGAAAUAUAUUUGUAUAAUAUGUAAUCUACUUUUACUUAGCUAUUUAUCACAAUUUUAUAUUAGAGUCAACAAGACUUAUAAUACAUUGAUAUUGUUAUGAGAAUUUCUUAGGGAAUAAAAAAAAUCGAGUUGUCAAGUUUUUCGAGUUAUCGCGACUCGAAUGUAGUGUAACAUUAGAGAGGGGGGAGGGGAAAUUGUUAUUUGAAAGUCAAAAGAGAAUGUUAUGUAUAUUUGUUGUAUGAUUAUAUUUCGUAGGUACAAAUAGGUAUAAUCGUAAGUACAAAAAUUACGAACUUAUUACUAAAAGCAUUAACAAAUACAAAUUUUAAUUGUUUCAAAAACUGUAUAACAUAUUGGCUAUUUACUAAAUGCCAAGAUUUUCAGUAGUUAAUAGAUCGUACCUAAAUAAUAAUACUUAUUAUAAAUAAAUUGAAAUAAUAUUGUUAUUUAUUUUGGCUAAGUACAUUACUAACCAUUAUUAACCUGACCAACACGAAAGACUCAGUAAGAUUCAGUAUUUCUUUGUUAUAAGAAAAUAAACAGUAGUAGUAAUAAUAAUAUUUAAUGAUUGAAAAAUAAAACCAAAGUCAAUUUUACAUGCACCCAAAAUCUUCGUAGAUAAUCGCUUGAUCGUGAUAAAAAAAUCACCCUGUGUUCUAAAAUACAUGCGUCACUACCGGAUAUAAUAAUAUUAUAAUAUAUGCGGUAUGAAAACAGUCUCAAAAUGAAAUUCCGUGGUUUUUGUUGGCGGAUUAAUGUAUAAUAUCCUCGCAAAAGCGGAUCAAAGUUGUUAUAAUAUAUGAUAUUAUUUCGCCAACUCGGGUCCCGAGACACGAAAUUCGUAUUCACCAACGUAUUUUACGCAUAAGUAUAUAGUAUAAUGCGUAAAACAUUUACCCCCAAUGCGGUUUAUAUGGUUGUGUAAUAAUAAUAAUAUUGGUAAUGGGAAUGUAUAACUUUUAAGUUCGUUCCAUAUAGAGUAUUAGGUACUCUAUGGUUUACACACCGUCUUACCUAUCGUCUAAAUGUACAUUUUUCAACAUGUAUUUUGCAUUUCUCAUAUUGAAUUCCAUACGAUCUCGUUGAAUUAUACAGACAAGUUUUGGCAACACUACAGCCUAGUGACUAGAUAAACUGCAAUUAUAUAUAGGUACUUGGGUCUAGGAAUGCGUUCAGUAAUAUUCGGUGUACACUACCGACCGCGACGCUCAAUUCUCGUGGUUUACACAAACAUCCAAAUAAUAAUACCUAUUACUGAAAAUACAAACGGAGAGCAACAAAUAUAACGUCCGAAAAAAGAAUAAAUAUUUUAGAAGUCGCCAGAAAAGGCAGAAGGAUACGAUGAACUGGACAUAUAUAUGGGGAAAAUUCACUAACAGCACUAGUUAUACUGUAUGGGCAUCAGUGGUUUGCCUAGGAAUUUCUAAUGGGAGAAGAUGUAGAAAAUACGAGUCGUAAAGUCGACUUCUCUACCCAACUUGACUACGGGAAUUGGUAAUUCAAAAACCAGAUCCUAAACAAAGAUAAUUUAUAAUCAAUACAUCAAAAGCUUGCUUUUGUAACUUUGUAACUUUUGCUCCUCGUAACUUGGCUGAAAUAUGCGCAUUUCGAUAUUAAACUACUUAUUUUUUUUUUUUUUGUAUUUCAAGCCUAAUCUCUAAUAUCCCGCCCCCGUACACCAAUGGUGGCCAAUGUUGGAAUGGAACCCAACAACAGAGAAAAGGCCUUCAUUAAAACCGGCGAUGAGGCAAAAAGACGUAGUUAAAAAACUGUGGAAUAGUUUUAGAGAGCGGACCAAAUCGGAAUACUUUAGUUAUGGAUAACUGGAAGGCGUCUCACAAUUGAAUGGUGGUCCUAGAGAUCGAAUCAACCCAAAAUAAAAACAAAUAUAAUGAUCAGCGAACCAAAUAUGUUAUAAUUGUACAACAUAAUAUGUUAUACUAUAUAUUAUUUAGGACAUACGAGGCUUUAUACAAAUUCAUAUUGAUCGGAGUGAAACGUUCAAUAGAAUAUUCCGAUUCGAUAGGUGAUUUUUUUAGGAUAAUAUUGAUAAGUAGCUUAGAUUUACAAUUUCAAACAAUAAUGAACCUUGUUUUCUGUUUGUGAUAGUAUAAUAUAUUUUUUCCGGCUACCCCCUUGUAGUUUUUAAAACAUUUUCCACGUCACUUACGUGGUUCACGAGCUGCCACUAGUAAUAAUCGAAAAUUGCUCGUUGACAAAAAUUUAUAUUUGAAGAAAUUAAAUUCGAAGAAAAUAUGAAAAUCGUUAAAAAAAAAAAAAAAAUUUAUCCGAGUUCGAAGUGUUGAACAGUAUAUUUUAUGUAUAAAAAAAAACUCCAGGUUUUUCGCUAUCCAGCAAGUCCCAUUAGAACAAUGUCGCAUAGCUUGGACAUUUUCGCCCCGGAGGAAUCGAAUUAGACAAAAACUACAUAAUAACUGUAUAGUAGUACACUUUAUUAGCGUUACCGUGGCGGCGGCCGAACGUAAUAAUAAUAUGUGUUUGCGACGAUAAUAAUGAUAUUAUAUUAUCGUUGUACAGAAAUAUUGUACUGCGGGUUUACUGGCGCCCAACACCGCCGGAUUCUUGUCGUCCGCACUUAGGAGGACUGCUAUGAUAUUGCCGGCUACUCGACUAAAAACUCGUAAACGGCUUACAACGAGGUCCUCGACGUGUAUUAUUAUAUUCCGUACAUAACGAGGUAAUCGGCCUAAAAGGUUUCUCUGCCAAAGGAUCGCAUGACGUAUAUAAAUAUGUAUAUAUAUAUACAAGUUAGAAAACGAUAUAAUAAAAAUAAUAAUUAUGAUUAUCCGCGUACUAUUGUCGAUCGUAAAAUAUUAUAUUUUUACUCGCGUACAAAAUAUAAUUAUCACAUAACAGAGUAUUAUAUUAUAAUAUGACUGCCGCGCGAACGAUUGGCUAUGAUGACGUUAUUAUUUUAAGGCGGAGAACAUAAUAUGUACUAAAAACCUAUUAAAUAUACAUAUUACAUAUUAUUGUUUAUUGAUAUGCCAUAAAAAACUAACAAUUACAAAAAUUUACUAUUCAGAGAAAACAAAUAAAGCUCCGUUGCUAGAAUCGAAUUUUUUCCAACACACUUGUCUAUGGAAAACGUACAAUUUAAGCGCACAAAUGAUUGGGAAGGUGGUUAAAAGUUGAAACCCCAUAGAGACACACCCUUGAUAAUUACAUCACUAAUCACUCACUAUACAUCUAACUUACCACUAACUAUGUCCUCCAACAAUAAAAUGGUAAAAUAAAUUCACAUUGAAAUUCAACUAAAAUUAUAUCACUUCAAUUCUCCUAUAAAACAACUUUAAUUUCCGAGUUAGAAUUUAUUUGGUUCAAAGGAAGCCACUAAAAGUGUCUAAAAGUACAGGACAAAAAAUUAUAAAUGUAACAAACACAAUACAGUGCAAUAGUCUCUAUUUUUGGGAAAAACUCGAUAAAAAACAUUACAAAACUGGCGUCGAUGAUAAAUUGGAAAACCCGUAUAACAAUUCAUUUGAAUGAAAUAUAUUAUACAAUACAUUCUUUUUUAUUUCAAACUCGAAUACUAUAAAUUGAUUAUGGUCGCCUGGAGUCCUAUAGAUUUUAAUAAUGGCUUAAAAAUAUUAAAUAAUUUUAGCCUUAAAAUACUUAAAAUACGCUUUAAAAAAUAUGUUAAAUAAUAUUCCACGCCAAGAAUGGUUGGGUCGCGGUAUAAAUUACAACUAUUUUUUCAGCUGACCGAUAAAAACAUGGAAAAAGCAUUAUAGUAUAAUAAUAUUAUGCGCGUAUUUUCAGACCCUAUUCGAAUUUGGUUCAAGCCAUAUGUACCUAAAUGUCGUGAUUUUUCACUGACUAGUGUCCUAGUUUUUAGGUUUACGCUUAGGACACUAACCCCUUUGAAGCAGGGUCCGAACCGCACCGCCAAUAUAAUAGGUUUUGUUUUGUGAAACUCCAAAGACGUUGUAAAAUCAUCGAAAACCAAUAACUAGGUUACGUUUCGGGUCAAGUCCAAUUCGGAUAUGAUCUGUAAAUACGCGGACGGGCCGUCGACGCGGUGCCGAUUUCUGCCCGGAGAGUGUACGUAUAUAGAGCUACAUGAUAAUAUUACAAUAAUAUCGCGUUUACUAGGCACGCGUAUUAUUAUCGUAAUGUCCGACUGAAAGGAGAACUAAUGGCGUACCCCGCCCGAGGGUGUAAUAAUAAUAAUAACAUGCAUUAUAGUAUUAUACCUAUAUAAUUUAACUUAAUUGAAUAGCACUUAUUGUGUACACUGUAUACGGCCGGAAACCCCUCCUGCAUUAUUGUUGUGUGCAGUAAAAUUGCCGUGGAUAAUAUUAUAAAACAUAUUAUAAGGGUUGCGCAAUGUGUUUGUUUUAAACGUUUUGUAUACAUUAAAACGACGAUUAAGACAUAAUAAUAUAAUUAUUAUCGUGUAUCACGUUUUUACAACGGUAAAAAAAACUACGGGUUAAUAUACUGCGUUUAAAACAUUCGCCUCCCGUCUCCCCUAUCUGAUACUCUCGUCGGGCCGGCGAAUUUUCAUAAAAACUAUAUCUAACAUCGGAGAUACUUUAACGCCGAUAUGAUUUAUAGCAGUUAAAUAUUUCCUACCAAUAAAUAAAUACCAUUCAAGCAUAUUUGUUCGUGUUAACUAUGUCAACCGACUGUACAUAAUGUUAUAAUAUAUAGGUAGAAAUACAAAAUAUACUGCAUUAGUACAUUUGCCUUCCCACAAUUUUUAAAAUAUUGUAUAGAUGUUUAUUUGAUGAUGGUUAGGUAUUAUAAUUUAUAGUAUUUUUAUUUUAACGUUUUACAUUUAUUUUUUAACCAUUUAUAAACGAGACGUUAUCAGAACAGAAUUAAUAUUACAAAUACUUACCACCUAUUAUAAAUCAAAUAUUCCGAUGACAAAUAAAAAACACAAUUGUUUUCAUUAUACGGAAUAGUUACCAUCUUUAUUGAAGUUUUCCAAAAGGUACAAAAAGUCUGGUACAUAAAAAUAUACUAAACUAGAAAACAAUAUUAUUUACUAUUGAACUGUUAUGUAUAAUAAUUAUAUUUUAGAUUUUCUCCAAUAUCGUGGUGAAAUCGUUGGCCUGGAGUCGAAGAAACGUUGAUUGAUAUCAGAGACCGAUUUUUGUUUUUUAACGCAUAUUAAAUGAUUUCAAUCAAUUUGUUUUCUUAUUAUCCAAUUAAUUGAUAUAGAAAUAGUAUAAAUAGUUAUUCAAUUUACAAUUAAAAAGGUGCAUUUAGUUGAUAAGAUUCAUUGUUUCUAAGCCGACAUGAUAUACCGAUAUUAUAAUAUCCUACGGAGAUUUGACAAAAGCAACAAUUAUUAUUUUGUUCAAUAUGUUAAAGUUUUGUUUCCUCUUACCUAGUUAUUAUUACUAGAACCUUACGCCGAUUCAUCUAUUUGACAUAUGUUAUUUUUGCAUAACUAAAAGUAAAACAUUGAUUUUACAACUUUCAAGAUAGCUAUUAUAUAAAUAUAUUUUGAAACACAAUUUUGGUGUUACAAAAUAUUUACUAAUGACGAAAUGUUACGUCUUUAAGUUAAAUUGUUAAUCUACAACUUUUUGAAGUUUAAAAAAAUUAUUAACAAAAUUAUUUAUCAUAGACAAAUGAUUGAAUCAAUAUUGACAUUAUUUAGUAAUGACAAUGAAAACAAUUAUUUAAAUUAUCGUAAUAAACUUCAAACAGUUAUAGGAAAUAACAACUCAUUUUUAGUAGACAUUUAUAACAUCAACAUUUUGUAUCACAAUUAAUGUAUAUUAUAUGGAUAUCUUGAAUUUUAUAAACUAUUGUUGUUUAAAAAUUUCAAUUUUUUUAUUUUUAGUUUUAAAAAUAAAUAAAAAAAAAUAUAGAAAUCAUAGGGCAAGGCUCUAUAAAUUAUUAAAAAAAAGAAAAAUGUACAAAUAUUAAUCAGAAAAAAGAUAUUGUACUUGUCAGAUCUCCGUGGGAUACUCAAUAUCUCACUACCUUUAUAAAAAAAAAAAAAAAAUAUAUUAUUGAUCACGGCCACUGUUAUAUAAUACAUUCAACGAUAAAUCGUUGAUAACGAAAAACGAUUCUGAGCCGAGUCAUGUUUUUUCCCUUGUUAUCGAGAAAACCCGUAAAAUCGACAAAAACCAAAAUAUCAGGAAAAACCAAGAAUCUAGUGCGUUAACCGUUGAAAAUUUCUAUGAAGUACCACCGUGCAAAAAUGCAUAACUUAAAAUUUUACGUGGAAAAAUCGAAGCUUUUUUGCUAACUAAAAUAAUACUUUCCGAGAAAAAAAAAGAACACAUCUCAGUAGUUAUAGUUUCUUCGCUACAUUCAGAAUAUAAAAUGUUAAUUAAAAAUGUUUUAAACGAAAAACCCGCCACCAUAGUUGCUGGCGCGUGCACCCGCAACAUUGGGAAAGUGUGCAAGUCCGUCUGUUUCGCUAUUCAUAUUUCGAAUAUUAGCACAGCACGCUAUCGGGUAUACGUAUAUUUUUCGAUACUACGAGAAGACCGUCUGCGAAAAGCGAAAGUAAUUCAGCAUCAACGCGCCGGAGACAGAAGUCGUACAACUUGUACCGAAUACGUUUUCAAUAUAUUAUUAUUAUUUUCCGAGUAUUUCAACGUAUUUAGAUGCGGAAUUCGUCAGCAUCUAUUAUUGGUUUAAAAUGUAAUACAAUUAACAUUAGAUUAAAAAUAAAAACCAUGAAAACAAUAAUUAUCACGUUAAUAAACUUUCGUUAACAGUUUACGUUUAAAUUGUAAUACUUUUAUCAGCCAACUCGCUGUUCAGCAAACGUAUAAUGUCACUAAAUCGACUCAUUCUAUUUUCAAAAAUAUUAUCCGUUCAUAUUAGAUUCUAAACAUACACUGUAGAAUGUAACAGCUCAACUUACUAAUUACUAUGAUGAUGAUUUGUGCUUUAUUUUCUGUCAAGUAAAACCUUUUCAAAAUUAUGUUCUUGAACUUCAAGAGUAGUUUCUGGUGAAAAAUAUUAUCUAAUUGGUGCAUGGAGAAGAUCUUUUUCUGAUUUUCUUGUAGUUUUCUCAAUAAUGGAGGAAAUCCGGGAAAGUCGUUGGAAAACCAGAAAAAUGUACGCAAUAACAGUUUCUGUCAAUAUCAGUUUUAUUUUUAGUCUAGUAAUUAUACGGAAAUUAUUCUAGACGUUACACAAUUUUCAAAAUAUUCCGGCAUUUUUUUAGUUAUUUAUAACUGUUUAAAAUUUUCGAAUUUUUCCAUUUCAUUAUUUGUUUUAGAUUAAUACUCAAUAAAUGUAAAUAUAUAAUAAAAAUAAAGGUAUACAUGCGAAACAAACAAAUAAAUAUAUAUGCACGUGUAUGGAAAAAAACCAAAUUAAAACCUGCAGGAGUAUUAUAAAGAUUGUGUCAAUCAUAUAUCUAUAUGGGCCGAAACGCAAAAAUGGCUUAACGAUUACUUUUAUCCGAAUUACUACAGAAAAACUAAAUCUAAAUUAACAUACAAAAUUGUAUCGUAAAUGAGAUCGAUAUAGAUUUAAGAAAUUUUAUUUAUUGGUCUAAAAAAUGUUGGUGGAGGUUGUAGAAUAUUAUUAUGAAAUCUAAAAAGUAUUAAAAUUAAAUUUAAGUUUAUUUAGACAAUCCGGUAGUUUUUUUUUUAUAUUUAAUAAUUUUACUUAGAUUUUUAUAUUUAAUAUUUGUCUUAAGUUAAGACAAAAGUUUUGGCUUAACGAAAAUACGAAACGCAAUUUAGUGUAACACAGACAAUUACAAUUUCGGCUUUGCAUCUCGAAAUGUCAACUUCAGACUCGACAUUUUCAACUUUGUACCUUAUAACUGCCAUACUCAUUUUUGUCUACAUGUCUCUACUGAGUUCCCGUAGAAUAUUGCUCGAAAAUUUGAUACAAGCUUAAUCAUUAAAUUGUUUUUUUUUCAUAUAAAAACAGUUUACUAUUAAAAUAAAGAUAAGAUUUUUUUUUCUCCGUUGCCGUUUAAUGUUCAAAUUUUGACGAAAAUCUUAAAAAUUAGGUCAAUCUUGUCUGUUAAUUUCGAUUUUGUUUUUCUUUUGUAAUUCGGAGAUAAAUAAUCGUAAAAUAUUUUUUUUGCGUUUCCGUUUGUAUUUAUGUAUGAUUGAUUGCCUAGAAUUUUAAAGAUAAUGUUAUUAUAUUGGCCAUUUUUAGUUUGAUGUGUAUACGAACAUUUAGAUUUUGAGCGCGCGUUAAACACGAGAUUAUAAAAUAUUUUUGCAUACAAAUUAAAAAUGACUAGGUUUUAUUUUUUUUUCCUGUUAAUCUUAUUUGUAUUUGUAUUUUAUUGUAAUUCUCAUUCUGAAUAAUAUAACCAGUCGUAUUAUUGUAUAUGUAUUUGAUCAGCUGCCCGUUUCGGUCUAUAGAAACGAUUUUUUUUUCCCGCGUGUGUUAGAAAUUCGAUAAAGACGGGAAUAUUAUACUGCCGAAAUAUUUUAACAAUUAGCGCGAAAUUCGUAGAGUUUUACGAUUACGUAGGAAAACAAAGGAAAACAAAACGAUAAAUAUAGUUAAUUUUUUUAUAAGUGUUUUUAUUCGAUACAAUAUGUUUGUGUCAAUAAUUAAUAAUAAUUGGUAAUUGGUAUUUGAAUAAUGAUAAAAAAAAAUGCACAUUUAGAAACUACGAGCAAGUAUACAUAAUAUUACAUUAUAAUAUAUUAAUACAGAUAGAUAAUUAUUAUAUCAAACGCGGGAGACGCUGAAAAUUAUGGGAGAAAAAAAAACAACUGAAAACCGAGUCUUAUUUAUCAUUUUUCUUGAAUACGAUAAAUGAGUAUUUUUUAAUUUAAAAAAAAAAAAAAAAAAUUACAACAACAAUAAUGAAUUCUAUUCAUUAUAUCAUAAUAUAUAUAUUCAGUGAUGCCGAGGUGGACUGUAUAUAAUAUAAUGUCACCGGAUCUCAUUUUUUUCUUCUCGCCCAAAUGAUUUAUAAUAUAAGUUUACGAUACCACCUUAAAAGUUUAUAACAAUCGUUUAUUUUCUUCUCAUAGUAAUAUGUUUAGGUAGAAGGUAUUCAAAAAUACCUACUUAAUACUUUAUGAUAACACAUAAUGCAUUUGUAUUGUUGAAAAUGUACGGCAUAGAACUAUGUUAUUCCCGUUCUAAAUUGUUGACUUCUCCUCUGUAUUAUAUAAUAAUAUACGCAAACGAUUUUCACGCGAAUAAUGCGGUUAAAAACAAGGGGCAGGAGCGUAGGUAAAAGGAGAUGGUGGUGAUAUACAGAUUUGGAUGAUGGUUUAAACCCCUCCCGUUUCUUUCAACUUAAUAUUAACGUUUAAACGUUUGUUUUUUUUUUUUUUUCAACUUCUAAUUCACUUCUAUUACAAAUAAUUGAUAUAGUCGUGACCCUCUCCGCCUCUCCCCCCGUAAAUAAUCUGUACCUACGCCUUUGAUCGGAGGAGCGCGGGACACACGGACGGCACAGCGUGUGCACGUGCUACGACGAUAGGAAUAAAACGACUGUGGAACAAAAUUAUACUAUUGAUAAUACGAAUUCACCAUAGCGCAGUAUAAUAAUAUUAUGUUGGUUAUCAAUGUAUAAAACGGUACAAAAAAAUUGUACAGACCACAAGCGGCUAUGCGUACACGUAUACUAUCGAUAUUAUUUCCAAUAAAAUAUAAUGUGAUCCACGUUGUCCGGGGUAAGGUCAUAAUGUAUUAUAAUUAUAAUUUAUUGUUAAUUAAUUACUUCUUUAUCGACGAUGUAUAAUGUUGUGUAUAGCGACACCGCAUUCCGUCGCCAAGAAAAACAUUAUUCUCGUUUUACUGACCGCCUGUAUGUAUAUUUUUUUUUGUUUUUAAAUUUUAAACAGAUUAAUCGUACAUAAUAUAUGUAUAUAUAUAUAUAUAUAUAUAUCUUUUUUUUUUUGUUUUCAUUUUUAACCUAACCUAUAAUUAUUAUCACCGAUUAAAUUUCAAGACAACAGAUAUACCUAUGUAUAUAUAUAUAUAUAUAUAUAUAUACAUUAUACACGCACGGGGAUGAGCAUAUGUAUUUUAUAAUUUAAAGCCCCGCAGACGCAGUUAUUCCCGCGUGGAAUACACAGGACGUUUUUAUAUAAUAAAUUAUUGUUGCUAAAAAUGUCUGCUAUUUGUUUUACUUUUAAAAUAAACUCCACAUACUACGAGUAAAUACUUGUAUAGUAUUGUUAUCAUGUGAUCCGUAUUUUUAAAAAAUAAUAUUAUGUAUAGGUAGACUAAUUUUUUUUUUUUUAUCGAUUUUAUUAGCGUUAAAUCGUAAUGAUGAGUCUUGAAAAAAAAAAAAAAACAACAAGACACGCAGCGUUUUACAAUGUAGCAAAUUAUUAUACUGUUAUUAUUCUCGGGAAUACAACAUAAUAUUAUAAUUUUUACCGAAUAACACUGUCAAUUAUUAUUGAGAGAUAGUCACACGCAAGCGUGAUUGUGCAUAUUAUUAUGUAGAAUUUGUUCGAAAAAGAAAAAAAUACACAUUUCUACAUAUAUUGAGUACAUCUAGAAAUUGAAUAAACCCUAAACAUUUUUUAGCGGAGGUUGUACUAUUAAUAUUUUAACAUAUUAAAGUAACUUGAUUUUAGAUUUUGUGGGUAUAAUACCAAAGAAAACGGUAAGUUUUACUAAAAUGUGUUUUCUUUACUCGGAUAAUACUUUUUCGGUUAGUAAAAAUUAAAAAUAUUCUGAUUAUAUAAUAUAUAUAUCGUAGUUUAACAAAUAUGGAUUUUGCGUUCUGUUUUUUAAAAACUGAUAACAAAUUACACGAUACAUUGGUUUUAUUUUUGUCGAUUUCUGCAGGGUGAACUUUUAGGCUACAAAAUGAAAAAAAAAAGAAACACGAUUACAACCUUAUCAAUUUAUUAUCGAGUUCCGCUCAGAAUCGAUUUUUUUUUUUUAUUUCGAUGAUUUAUCGUCUCUUUCGAUAAUAAUAACCGAGGCACCCAAUAUAUCCAAUAUAAUAUAUACCUUCCCACCUUUUCACCUAAAACAGUGGCCUACAUGCAGUGGCAUAUGCAGGAUUUUUAAAUGGGGGGGGGGCUUGAAAAUGUAUUGUUAAUCAGUUGUUUUGUCACAAGUUUGAAAAAUAAAAUAGUUGUAUUUUUAGUUUUGACUGAUAAUAAACACAAAAAUAUGAAAAAAAAAACUUUAAUGUUUAGGUAACUAUAAAAAUGUAAAAUACAAUUCUUAAACUAGUAGAGUUUUAAAAAAAACAGAGACCAACCAAAAUUAGAAUUGUUUGAAUUGUGAGUUGUAUAACUUAACUUUUUUUUUUCUUCAAACUAAAAAUCGAAAAAUAUUCUAUCUUUUUUUUGCCAUAAUGAAUAAUUAAAUAGUAUUUUCAGUUUGCAAAACUAUGAGGCAUGUUUUAUACGAAAACAAGGAUGAAAAAUCUAAGUGUACAAAAUAGCAUUGCGUUGACACCGAAGAGAAAGAGUGAAAACAAAAUUAUCUACAUAAUUGUUUUUCACUAAUUUAACGUUAUAUUAUUGUUAUCUACAACAUCCGUGAGCUAACUUAACGAUGCGUUAAUUAUUGGUGACAUCAGUUCAGUAAGUUAAAUAUUCCAAUCAUAGAUAUUAUCUAAGGUUGUGUGGGCGUAAGACAGCUCGCGUGUACACCAACCGCCAAAGUUGUAAUAAUAACAAAACCAUUGUUUAUAACGAGUGUCACCUCAGUUAAACAAAAAUAAUAAUCUUAUAAACCUAAUAAUAUAGUAAAUAGAUAACGAUGGUAAAUUAAAUUAUUUACUUACGAAAAUAGUGUGCUUUAUGAAAAGAAAAAGUCCUUAUUUACUAAUAAUUAAAACAGCUGAAACUUGAAAAAUAUAAAAAUAUGUGUGUACAAUACACGAUAUAUAUAUAACUGUGAUUUGGUGAAAGAAAGGCCAAUGGCACAUUUUGUGAUUGUUGGGAUAUAGGCUUUGAAAUUUUAUUUCCCCAUAAGGCUUUGUAUAUUUUAUUAAAUGUUUGUGUAAUUUUUAAUUUUUAUAAAAACUUAAACAAAUUUUGUUUAGAAAAUAAAUAAUUGUACGUUUUCUUUAUUUAUUUCUAACUGAUUUUCUAAAAAAAAUGACAUUGGCCCUUCUUGCACCAAGCUACGUAUAUAUAUUUUCGUGUAUAUAAAAACGGUCAAUGGGGGGGGGCUUCAGCCUCUUAUCCCCCCCUACGUACGCCACUAGUGGCCAAUAGUGUGCCCACGGUUCAAAGUAUAUUUGCAGACUGUUUAUAGCGUUCGUUUUAUUUUUUAUACAGUUAUUAUACACAAACGAACAAUUUUAUAUAAUUAAUCUUUACACACGUGAAUACGGCUGACGUUACAACAAAUAAUUAUUUCUCUCCGGAAAGACAUUUCACGGUGCUGCACCGUAAGCCAUUUUUCUCGCACCAUCAGCGUAUAUUUAAUAAUUAGUUUUAAUUACCCAAACAUAUAAAAUAUUAAACAUGGUAAAUAGUGUACUUUUAACCUUGAACCCCGAUAUUGAUCUUCGGAUACAUUAAAACCUUUGCGGGUUAUUAUUAUAGACAUGCUUUCAAUAUUUUUGAACUUUCUUUAAGUUUAAAAAGCCAAUCGCAAGUGUUUUGAACAUUAUCGUUAUACCAUCACGAAGUAUUUUAUACAGCUUACGAUGAAACUAAUGUCAAAUUGUCUACUACAUUCACCAAGCCAAAAUAAUUGUAUUCAAAUUAUUGUAAACGAAAUAAAAACUUCAAAUUUCUACGAUUUUUGUUCUUUGAAAGUUACCUUCUAUAUGUUAUAUGUAAAAAAAAAACAAAAUUAAAAAUCAAUGAAAAUUGCGUUUACUUAUAGGUAUAAUGUGCUUUUAGAUACUGAUUAAUAUCAGAUUCAUAGCGUUUUAAGAUAAAACUUUGACGAAAUUCAUAAAUAUUACGGCAUUUCAAAACAUGUACACACGAAUUACACUCAGAAUCGAUUUUUUUUUUUUUAUUUUUGAUAGUUAAAAACUACACCAAAAUUGUGUUCAUAAAAUGGUUCACACAAUAAUAGUAAGUUUUUAAAUAAAAAAAAUGUUUGUUUCUAUUUUUAAAAUUCGUCGUACUAUUACAUAUUAUUAUUAUUGCGAGUUUCUGUACAUUUUGGCCUGCACUUAUAAUAAUAUAAUAACACGUUUUACGAACGAUUUUUUUUGACAGCCGCUAUAUAGUACUAAUAUACAUGUAUAUAUAUAAUAAUUUAAUAAUAUAUUAUAUUGUAGUCCCGGGGGGAUCUGGCAGCAGCAUGCAUGUUGCAGUCUUAGAAAGAAAAAAAAAGAUUUCUCAAAAAUAAAAUAGCCUGAUCGAUAUACUAUUAUUUUUAAAAAAACUUAUAGUAUUAAAAAAAAAAAAAAAAAUAUUUUGAACCCAUGGGAGGCACCGUGGAAUAAUAAUAUGAUCCACCCUUUAAUGUGUAUACUAUCGCUAUAUUAUUAUAUGUAUUAUUUUACGGGUUUAUAUAAAUGAAAGUAGAUAUAGGUAUUAUGAGUAAAACGGUCUUAAUCGAUGAUAAAUCGCGUACAAUUCGCCUAGUUUUUUUAGUUUUUACCUAGUAGACGCAGGGUAUUAGCAAGUACGUAUAGGGUACCUAUACUCUCUUUAGUCUCUCUAUACAAUAACGACGUGUGUGUAUUACGUAUACACCACGCGUUAAUCUCGCCACAUCGUCCAGAAAUAUUAUAUUAUUGCCUAUAUACGUUAGGAUGGCGCUUAGUUAUAGGUGAAGAAAAAAAAAAUCAUAUUUUUGAAUUCUGAACACCUCGUUUUGUUCAUAAUUAUGAGAAAGUACUUUGAGAUAAAUUCGGUCAUGCUUGCUCACCCCAUUACUUCACGUGCCACAAGGGGAUUGAACAAUUGCAAAAUAGGGUUAAUGUGUCUUUUUUUUUUUUGAGUAUAUUCAAAAAACUAUGGAACUUAUCGUAAAAAUGUACAUAGUUUAAAUUACAGGUAUUUUUAUUUCGAAUAAAAAAUAUUAUACAACUUAUAUUACACGUGCAUACUGAUGUGUGUACAAUAUCAAAGGAUGGAAAAGUAGUCAUGAAAAUAUAAAAAUGUUGGAGAUCUACCGUCAACCGUGUCGGUAUAACGUAGAGAGCAUUAUUUAUUAUUAUAUUAUAAUAACAUGUACAGCUACGAUAUUCUGUAUAUUCGAGAAAAAGUGUAGCACACCUUAAAGGUCUUAUAAAGUAAUAAGUAUACAAAAUAUACGUACCUCUUUCAACUUUAGCUGUGUCUUGUAUAUAUAUAUACAUAUAUACGUAUGGUAUGUCCGGCUCUAAUAUAGCUCGAGUGUUCGACGUCUCUUCUCAAUCGUUUUAUGGAAAUUCAUAUUCUGCGUGCACCGAGGAAUGUACUAUUGGUUUUAUUACGAUGUGUGUUAUUAUUUUUUAUUUUUUGUGUCUGUAAAACAAGUUUUCCACCAGAAAUCUUGCUUCAAUCGUUAUAGUGAUUUUCGUGUAGCGUUUUCGAACCAGUUUGGUGCAUUGGAGAGCGGAGCGGGAAAUAUGUUGAUUUUACAAUGAUGUUUAUUUUCUUUUUAUCCGUGAACAACUUUUUCAACUCCUGCUCUGAUUUUCAAGUGCAGCACUUUUUCCGAAAGACAAUCUGACUGGGGUGUUACUUUAGAGAGGUCAUUUUUUGAUUUUUUGGGUUUUCAUAAUAAAUGGGAAAAACAGGAAAAUGUACGAAAUGUAUCGUUUUCAAAUCAUAAAUAUUACGGCCUUUAAAAACAUGAAUAAUCGUCGCGUACUGCAGAUAUACAAUACAUUUCCUCUCUACCUAUCCAGCCUAACAUCACCAACAACAGUCAAUGGCCCCCCCUAUCGUGCGAAAAAUGCCAGUUUGUUUUUUUUGAUUUACAGGUUACCACGGCAACAAGGGAAAAUUUGACUAAUCAAUAAUAAUUUCUUUGCUCAGAAUCGUUUUUAGUUAACAAUAGCUUAUCGUCGCGUACACACUACAGAUAUAUCUGCAUUAAAUUAUUCUAUCCCAUCUUCUCUUCCAACUUUCCCAACUUCCUUCACAAAACAGCGGCACACCCGUCAUCCAAUUAUAUAAUAUAUAUAUAUAUAUAUAUAUUUAAAUAACCGUCCGAUUUUUACCACGGUCUAUUCUGAAAUAUUAUAUUAUAUUACAUACGUAUGGAUAUACGCUAUAAUAACACAUAAAUUGUGCGGCUAUAGAUCCGUAUAAGUCUGUAUUGACAAUCGUGGCACGCUGUACAUACCUGCACACGUCGGCGUCAUCGAAAUGUCUUCUUUUUACAAUUUACGAGAUAAUAUCGAUGUUAGGUACAGACUGCUUAGACACAAUAUCGUAUAGACUAUAACCGCAGACCGCAUUGUUUACGAUUUACAACAUUUUUUAUACACACACUGAAUUUUAUUGCAGCGGUCCCUCGUUAUAAUAUUUUAUUUUUUAAUUUUUUUUUUCGUAACCGUAUAAUUCUGUAAAUAUUAUCAUUAUAAUGUACAGUGCGGCGCGGUGUUUAGAAAGUUCACGUAACACGUUCUGCUGCAAUCGGGGCAAUACCACAUAAAAUAAUAAGUAUAUUAUAUGUAUAUUAUGUUGAUGGUUUUCAAACUUUUUUCUUUACCCGCCCUGUUGCACAAUACAAUAACAUUACAGCUCGUUAUAUUAAUCGCGGACGAGAUUAUCUGAGCAAAACUUUUCUCUCUCUCUCUCUCUCUCUCUCACGGUUUUUAUAACAAUAAUUUACACGUCUUGCGCGUAAGAGUGUACCGGUUCAUACAAACUGAUUAUAUACCUGUACCUAAGGGCUAAUAUCGGAAUGUCAGAGAAUUCUUAACCUCUAGAACAUUUUAAAUAAUCGGUUUAAUAUAUUACGCGAGUAUAUUGAAGUUGGUACUACGAAGAGGUUAUUUUUCGAUUUUACUAUUAUUUUUCUAUUUGAAAGUGUCCAAUUUUAUUUCAUUGUUUAGUUUUUAUUCGGUUUUAUGUAAAAUCAAUGUUUUUGAUCAAAUUUCGGUGAAAAUCAUAAAAACCGCGACAUUUCACGUAUAAUAUUUUCCAAUUUAUGAUAUGAAUAAAAAUGUUUGGUCCAGCAAAAAUGCUAUUAAAUUAUACACAAUAAGGUUCAUGAUGCGUUUCGAAACGUAAAAAUAAGGUUGAACGGUAGAUAGAUAGUAAUUUUUGUUUCAUAAGCGUUUAAAAGUUCAAUAUUACUACGGAGAUUGCGAAAAUCGCGGCAUUUUAGAGCGGUUUACCCGAACUUCGCAGGGAAUCGUUUUUCGUUGGUCAAUAUGGCGUAUCGUCGCGUACAGAUAUAAAUCAAAUUACUUUACGUAUCCUGCAACUAUGCCUUCCCAACUUCUCGCAUACAACGGUGCAGGCACACACAUCAUCAGUUACGGCUCUUCUUUUACUAUUACUUAUGUCCGGGGGCACGGCAGGGCGCGAGAGGUGCACACGCACCGGACGCUAUGACCACAGGAGGUGCCGGUGAAAAUGUUUAAAGUUCCGUGCUUAAUUGAAUAUGUUUACUACAAACGUAUACGAGUGAACAACGGACACAGGUUUACCCUUUUUUUUUUUUUUUCUCUGUUCACUCGUCAGUACAUUUUUCUGGCACGGGGUGUCGAUUUUACUGGGCACGGUACUGUGUACACCUAUUGCAUACACCGACGUGUGCACGAAAUGCGUAGAUGUAAGUAAUAAUAUAGAGCAGUUUGAAAAAAAAAAAACUCCGCGCGUCUUUUGAAUACUGAACGGGGGGACGCGACACCGCCGCGGCUUUUACUCGUAUAUUUCGCGAGCGCGCGGAAUAGCAACGAGAUGCGAGAUACAAACAUCAGCCGAGACAUUUUUGUCGGGGGGGGGGUUCCGAUAUUUAUAUAUAUAUGUGUGUGUGUGUGUGUGUGUGUGUGUGCGUGCGUGUGUAACGUAUAUCACAUCAUAAAACAUAUCAAUACACGUGUAUGCCGACCGGCAAACCCGCGCACCGCACACGCCCGUGGUUUUCGCGGCGGUGCGCGCGGGCACAGCGAUCAACGAUCGACGCACCACGGCCGUCCCUACGCACCCGCCGAUAUAAUAUUUAUACGAGCCCGGCGUACGGUGCACGGUAGUUUCCGUUUUCGCGCGUUUCGCCGAUAGACGGAUACCCCCUGUACGCGUAAUGCUCGUAUAUUUUCAGAAAAAAAAAAAAAAAAAAAGCCGUAACACUCCUCGUGUAUAGCUAUCGUAUCCCGGGCUAUUUUCGUGGUAAAUAUUUACCGGGCGGGUGUCCGCGGGCGUGUAGGUACCGCGCGUGUUAUUAAUCCCCGAGGCCCCGAACACUUCCCUUUUCUCACGCAUAAUGUAUAGAUAUAUACGUAUAUCUACAACACCGUUACCUAACAUUCUCGUUUGUUAUUAUUAUUAUUAUUUUUUUUUUUUUUCCCCCGGAUUAUAUAACUCUGAAGUCCGAUCCCCCUACCCCGCCCCCGUACACACCGCGCGUGUAACGAUAUCGACGUGUUCGCCGACAAAAUAUUGUUACAGCCCGGAUACCGAACUCGGAUUCUCAAUAAUCCCGGGAAUAGCGAUGUGAUGAUUCAACCGGACGAAUACUGCCCCGCAUUUAAUAUCGGGCAUUGUGCCGUUCGAACGUUAACUGAAUAAAAACAAUUCGUAUAUAUAUAAAAUUGCGGCAUAAAAAAUUAAUAAAUAUGGUUAUUUUCUAAUGAAAAAAUACGUUAAAAGUAGGAACACGCGGUGUUAUAAUCGGUAAAAUUAUCAUUUCCCCCUCCAACCUCCCCCCCUCCCCCGACGACCACCAAACGGCUCAAAUUAAUCGGUGAACCCCGGAGUGUUGUAAAUACGUGUUAUAUAGUCGGAUACGAUUAUGGUUCUUGUAUUUUUUUGCUCCGGCUGUUUAUUUUUAUCAGUGAGAAUCUUGUUUAAGUGGAUCUUAUUCGGAUUUUCAAGUGCAGCACUUUUUCUGAAGGAAAACUGUAUCUAGUUGUUUUAUUGGGGCGUUGGUUUUUUUUACUUCAUUAUUUUUGAUUUCGUUUUUCGUUGUAAUUAGGUUUAAAACAACUGGAAAGACCUGAAAUGUUCACAGAAUACUUAUAACGGUCUUUUUCAUACCAAGAGAAAUUCUGGUGAUUUUUGAGUAAUUUACAGGCAUUUUCGAGUUUUUUAGUAUUUUGUUUUAUGCGAAUGAAAUUGUUUUAGCCAAACAUAAAAGCUAGCAAAUUUAUCACAAGGUUAGGUGAAAAUUGUACUUAUAGUGCUAAAAAAAUAAGAAAUUGAACGUAUUGUAGGAUUUUUUGAUUUUGAGAGGAACGAGGCAGGGCUUAUUCUAAGGAUUUUUAUCCACUGUCUAAAAUACACAGAAAAGUUUGGUUUUAUGAUAUGUAUAUAAACUUUAAUACUUACUCCCCCCCUCCAAAAAAAAAAAAAAAAAAAAAAUGUAUAGAAGAAAAUGAAAUCGAAAAAUACAAUGAAUGUACUGCGGAAAAACACGACACAACCGCGGCGUCCGAAUCGCGUUGUGUGUAACCAGUUUUAGGUGCAAGAUAGAUUAAUAAAUUAUACAAAUGCCGAGUGGAAAUGCAAUCACUCUCAACGAUAAGGAAAAUUACGUACGUCAGGUAUCUCUAUCCGUUUUCCAUAAGAUUGAUAGGCGUGUAAUCCACUUUUGUCCCCUUGGCCAUUACUGUUGUUUUCUAUACGGAAUUGGUCGUAUGAAAAAAAAAAAAAUAUUGUAAACCGGCAGUGGUUCGUAAAAUAUUAUCAUUGGACCGUCGCGCCGUCGCCGGCGACUAACGAAAAUACGCGAAACAACAAUACGACCACAGCGUUAGGCUACUUUUUUGUGAUUACCGGGCGCGCGACACAUACUCGCUGAUAACAAGAUCGAUAACAGCCGCCGCGUACGGUAGUUUGUUGUUAUUUUGGUUUCGUCCGAUGGAUUACGUAGUGUUUUUUUUUUCGUUACUGUUUUUCCAAUUUGUUGGCAUUUUUUAAAUUAUAAUAUUUAUGUUUUACGCUAUAGGCGUGCAGUUUAAAUUUCUAUCGGCUUCUACCACCGCCGUUCACACACGACCGUCCGCCACGGCCGUAACCGACCCGUGUCGAACCGUACUCGUAAUUUUAUCAAGUGCAUACCUAUUGUUAUUAUUUUUCGUUUUUCACCGUUUCGAAAAUAAUGGCAAACCGUCGUUGUCGGUGAAUCCGUCACGAAUACUCCGUCCGAUUUCCCGACGACAAACACUCGUCGAUGGCGAUUCACGGCACACUGUUCGCAAUUAAAAAUAUUAGAUUGUUGAUACAUAAUAUGUUAUCCGCCGGUCACUCAGUCGCGAGAAAGAAAUAAUAUUCCACAAUAUGUGAGUACGCACCAUUUGUAUCGUUCGGAUUUUGAAACAUUGAAUGUAAAAAAUACUCGUCGUCAAAUGUAUCUGCUGUUUCAUGUUUUAGUUUGUUUGAUAUGAUUAUGCAGCACUAUUAAAUAACUGAUCGUUGUUCGUGUGCAGACCCACACCCGAGGACUCAUAUUUUAAUUUUUUUUGUAAUUUUAUCUUAGUAAACAUGUUUAUUUUGUUAGGUACUAUAUAGUUUGACUCAAAAAAUUAAUUUGGCAAACCAUUUUGCAUAAGAGUUUUUAAUUUGUAGCAAUUGUUUUUCCAUGAUUGUUUGGCACAUCUUUUUCAUGAUCCGAGUUGUAGACGACAAGUACACAAAUACGUUACUGUAUUGAAUAACGACCGAGAAUUAAUUAAAAACUUCAAUUUUUUUUAAAUAUUUCUAAUGAAACUUACCUGUCUACAUUCCAAACGUAUUUGGGUUUGAAAAAUAUUUAUGUUAAAUUUAAAAAUAUUGUUAUCUUGUAACUAUACUUUAUUAUAUAUACAUAUAAUUAGACGAAUAUAUAUAUUGUCAUAAAAAAAAAAAAAAAAACACGACCUUUAGAAUUAUUAUUAAAUAGAUUUUAUAUUUUUAUCAUAUUUGAUAUGAUUUCUGUAGACAGUUAUUUAUUUAUUCGGUUUUUUUUUAAUACCCAAAACCAACACAAUACACAACUCCCUUUUAUUAUCGUUACUUUUUUUUCUUUUUAAUAUUAUGCAUUUUGAUAUAUGUUUAUAGUAAAUUGUUAAGUCAAUAUUGAAUUAUUUUAUAAUCUUAUUAUUUAUUAGAUAUUCUACAUUUUAACAGGUUGUUUAGUAGGUACUCAAGUCUGUCUCUAUAUUAUAUGUCUAUAAAAUGUUAAAACAAUAACAAAACAAAUUUUUUAUUUUCUAUUUUACAAUAUUCAUUGUAUUAUUACUAUAAUAUUAUAUUAUCUUUUACUAUUAUUAUUUCAUAAAGGUACACAAUGUACUUACAUUCAUUAUUGUAUACAAACAUAUUAAAAUCUUUCUCUAAAAUGUAUUCUUAAUAUUAUAAUAAUAUAUAUGCGUGCCCAUGUGUUACAUCACUCAUAUUAUUUUGUAUGAAGUGUAAAAAAUAUAUUUCUUUGGUAAUGACACAGGUAUUUAGUUUUAUUGCGCACAUAGACCGUAUUAGUAAAAAUAAUAUUAUAAGCUUUAAAAUAUAUUACAUCGAAAAUCUGCCUCGACCUUAAUUGCUCUUUAAUUUGCUGCCUACUUAAAUACCCAUUAAUUUGUUUUUGCAUACUGUAGUAGUAUAGUGUACGUGUACCUAGUCAACUAUGAUUAAUUAAUCAUAGUUACCUACUUGCUCAUUUGUUCAAUAGUCCAUAUGAGCAUAACGUGAACACCACGGCCUAUCGGUCGCAAUGACAAAGAAAUUUGAGUUCAAUUGGCAGAUCCCAGUUCCCGAUGUGUUGCUACAAGGAUGCGUGUUUGACCGUUGGUCCGAAGAAAAAGAUAAUGUGGAAAUUGAAUAUGGCUGUACAUUCAAGGUGGACGAAUAUGGAUUUUUUAUUUACUGGAAGAGUGAAAAUCGGGUAAGUUGUAUUAAUAUAUAUAUAUAUAUAUAUAAUUUUAUUUUCAUUAUAUUUAUUUAUAUGUAUUAUUUAAUUAUAUAUAUAUAUUUUUUUUUUUUUUAUUCCAGGACGGAGAUGUCAUUGAAUUGUGCCAAGUCAGUGAUAUACGCUCAGGAGGAUUACCAAAAGUAAUUGUUUUUAUAAAAAUAAAAAUGUUGGCUUUAAAACUUUAUGUUCCCUUAUGAAACCAGAUAUGUUUUCUUUUGUAAAUUUUGGCUCAGUUUUUUUUUCUAAAUGUUGGACAUUUAUAAUGCUUUUCCAGGACACUAGACAACAACAGCAGUUGAUAAAUAAACACGGCGAUACCUUGGAAGAGAAAUCUUUAACAAUAUGCAGUAACACAGAUUACAUCAACAUAAAUUAUCAACAUGUUAUUUGCCCAGAUGCUGCCACAGCCAAAGUAAACAAUAGUGCAUCCAACACUAUAAUAUUAUAUUCUUAUGUUAUAUACACACACACACAUUUAAAUAAUUUAAAAAAUAUGCUAAACUGAAUAAUAUGCAUGUCCAUUUAAAACAUAAUUUACACUCGCGUGCAACUAAAUUGACUCACUCACAAAAAGGGAUAUUUUAUUGACAAAAAAGAAUGGGUACUUACAGUUAUAAUAUCAUAUUAGCUGUUAACUUUUUAGGCUUCAAUCAAUAGUUUUUAAUUUAAUUGAAGUUUAGCAUGUUCACGGUUGCAUCAUUCACCAUACAGAAAUACUAUUUCAAUAGGAAAGAAGAAAGGGAAGUUUUUAGUUUUUACAUGUUUGAUUCGCAUAAUACAUUUUUUGUUUUUAUUAAUACAUGAUAAUUAUAUUCAUUCUAAUAAUAUUUUCAAUUUCCAUAAGAAAAUCAUUACAGUUAAACCACAAAUACAUUUGUUUUAUUUCCUCUAAAUUAAUGUUAAUAAAUUCCAUGUUGCUGAUUUUCUGUACAUAAUAUAUUUAUAUAUUUUAUUAAACUUAUAUUUCAUGUUGGUUUGAAAUUAAAUAUUUUUCUUAAGGUUGACAAAACUAAGUAUGAUUAAUAAUUUUUUUCGCCCUUUUGAAUUUAAAAUCUUGCGCAAAAAUAAUCCCAUUAUUAACUAUAAGUAUAUCUAUCAGUAAAUACAGUUAUUUAUCAUUAUUAUUUUAAUUAAUAGUUAAUUAGUUAAUGUUUAGUAAAAUUAUUAUUUUUAUUAAAAAUUGAAUCAAAUUUAUAUUAAAUAUCAAAUAAUUAUGUAUUCUUAUGUAUGUAUUAAUUUAUUGUUUUUAUAAAGCAAUGGCAAGAAGGUCUUCGAAAGAUAACCCACAACAACAAGAUGAACAAUGUAUGUGUACGAACCAAUCUCAUGAAACAGUGCGUUAUUUUCAUUAUAUAUAAAAAGACAAAAUAUUUUGAUUUCAAUUAACAUUUAUUUCAUCAUAGUUGGAUGAGAUUAGGCAUGUUGGUUGAUCCAAAAGGGAAAGUUCCUGUAAAAGUAAUUGCCAGAACCUUUGCUUCGGGUAAAACUGAAAAAAUGGUUUACCAGUGUUUGGCUGAUCUCAACCUUCCUAGUGGAAAAGUAUAAUAAAAACAUGGAAUAUUAAAUAUUAUAUUUAUGUUUUUUUUUAAAAAAAAAUUAUAUUUAUAUUUUAGAAUGAUACUAUUGAGCCAUCAGACUUUACAUUUGAUAAAUUUUAUGAAUUGUACCACAAAAUAUGUCCUAGAAAUGAUAUUGAAGAGCUGUUUCAAUCAAUGUAAGUAUUAGGCAUUCAAAUUACUGUUUGUUUUUGAUUAUAAUAAUUCAAUCUAAAGUAUUCAACAAUAGCAAUACUUUUCAAUCAAAUUAUAAUUUAGAAAAAAAAAAUAAUAAAUAGAAACUUGUGUUAUAUUUGUAUUAAAUUAUAAUAAAAUAUUAGUUUCAGAAAGCUACUGAGAAAAUAAAGGUUAGGUUUUUAAUUGAAUUUAUGCCAAUUUGAUCUAUUUUGUAUAAUUUAAGACCUGAAGAUCCUAAAACUCUGGUUGAUAAAUACCUUACUCAGCGAUGAUUAUAACAUAUUAAAUAAAAAAAAAUACUUUUAAAUAUUGUCUUUUUUGAUGUAUAAGGUAUCAUAUUUCAUAAUAUAAAAUUGUAUUUUUUAGUACUCAAGGUAAAGCUGAUAACAUCAGUUUGGAUCAAUUCAUCACGUUCCUAAAUGAAAAACAACGGGAUCCUCGUCUGAAUGAGAUUUUGUACCCUUUGUAUGAUGAAAAAAGAGCAAUAGAAAUUAUCAAUGACUAUGAGCCAUCAGAAGAGGUGAAGAAUGAAAGUAAGAAAUUUGUUGUUUUUCUAUAAAAGUACAAUAAUUUUGUAAUAUUUAGGAAAUAUUAUUAUUAUACUUAUAUAGUUUUUUAUACUUUUUUAAAAAAUUUAAAAAAAAUCUGAAAUUUAAUAUUAUUCAAAGUAGGUUUACAUUUUUAUUUUAUUAUUGAACAUUUUUACUAGUUGAAUUCCAUAAUAUUCAAAACAUAUACCAUAUACUAUUACAAAAAUUCAAUUACUUGUUUUAAAGAAAAUUUCAAAAACUCUGAUCUAAAUUGUUUUUAGAAUGGUAUGAUAAUCACCUUCGAAUGUAUUAUGAUAAUCUUUAACUCGAAUCACUCAAGUGGACUAUCUUAUUUCAAGGUAUUAUUAUUUUGUUGCAUGUGAUUUACAUCUAAUAUUUUCAAUUUUUCUUUUUAUUUUAAUAAAUUAAUGGUUUUUUUUUUUUAUCAGUGAAAGAAUUUAAAAUAUUGAAAUACUUUUUUUUUGUAUAAUUUAUUGUACAGUUUUAUUAUGAAUUUGGUUUAAUAAUUAGAAUCUACAGCACAUAAAUAAUGUUUUGAUCAGGUUUCUUAUUAGUCAAUUUUAUAGUAUGUAAUACUAUGGUUAUGGUUUCUGACUUAGCCUAGGUUUGUGAAAACAAAACUCAAAAAUGUAUUGUACAACAAAUUAAUUUCUCUACUAUUCAAAGAACCAUAUAGAUUUUUAGCUGAUAUACAUGAUAUAAACAAAUUAUUGUUGGCAACAUUGUUAUCCUCAGUGGUGUGUACAGGGGGAGAGGUUAGAAGUUAUAUCCCUGUCCAUUGACUUAAAAAUACAACUAUGAGUAUUUAUUUGGUAAUAUUAUCUUAAGUUACUAGGAAUAAUAAUUUAUCUAUUAAAAGAAAUAAAUGGCUGUUUUAAAAUGUUCAUUGUCGAGUUAGAUUACAACAAAAGAAACAUUAUAAUCAGAAGAAGUUUUUUGUUUAUAUUUGAUUACCAUGUGAUAUUGUUGUCCUUUUUUAAAAAUUGAAAUAUUGUUAUUCUUAUCUACUGAUCUUUAAUUUUUAAAAAUGUUAAUACUUUUUUUUAGAACAUUUGUCUAAAGAAGGUCUUAUCCGAUAUUUAAUGUCUGAUGAAAAUGCACCAGUAUUUUUGGAUCGAUUAGAUUUCUAUAUGGAUAUGGAUCAACCUUUAGCUCAUUAUUAUAUCAAUUCCUCACACAACACUUAUUUGUCUGGACGACAAUUUGGCGGCAAGUCUAGUGUUGAAAUGUACCGACAGACACUUUUGGCUGGAUGCAGGUAAGUUUGUUUGGUAGUAAAUCAUUUGUUUCAAAUUCUGUUGAUUUUUCUCAUACAUAUUUUAAAAUAUCCUUAGAUGUGUUGAACUUGAUUGCUGGGAUGGUAAAGGUGAAGAGGAAGAACCUAUUAUUACCCAUGGAAAAGCUAUGUGUACAGAUAUUCUGUUUAAGGUAUGAUUAUUAUUUUUUGUUGUGUAUCAAAGCAUAAUUAAUGCUUUUUUCAAUGAUACUUAGGAUGUAAUUUAUGCAAUUCGAGAUACAGCAUUUGUUACAUCUGACUUUCCAAUUAUAUUGUCAUUUGAAAAUCAUUGUUGUAAAAGUCAACAGUACAAACUUGCCAAAUAUUGUGAUGAAAUUCUUGGAGAUUUAUUGAUGAGAGAAUGUUUACCAGAUUAUCCAGUAAGUAAAUAAUGACAUAAAAUUUAAUAAUCUUUUGUGUAAACAUUUUUUUUUUCUUAUAAGUGUGAUGCGGGUGUUGUAUUGCCACCACCUUCGAUGUUGAAAAGGAAAAUCAUGAUAAAAAAUAAACGUUUGAAACCAGAAGUUGAAAAGAGUGAGCUCGAACUAUUUAGGAAAGGACAGUUUGUCAUUGAAGAUGAAGAAAAAGAGGAUGCAACUGCAGUAACUGCAAAUCCUCCAGAAGAAAAAAAGGUUAAUUGGAACACUGAUUAUUUAUGCAAAAAUAUUAUAUUUUAAUAUAAAUUACGUUUGUAUGAUUCCUUAGGUAGAAGUACCUGAUGCUGGAACAGGUACAGAAGGGGCCGAGGCUCCACCACCAAUACAAUAUACUGGAUCAACUACAAAUGUACAUCCUUGGUUAUCCUCAAUGGUGAAUUAUGCUCAACCAAUCAAGUUUCAGGGUUUUGAUGUAGCUGAAAGUAAGUCUUCAAAUGUAAUAUUUGUGUUUCCUGGUCAACAUUCUAGCAUAUUUUUGGUUUUAGAAAAAAACAUUCAUCAUAACAUGAGUUCGUUUGCUGAAAACACUGGUCUGGGUUAUUUAAAAUCUCAAGCCAUCGAAUUUGUUAACUACAAUAAAAGACAAAUGAGCCGUAUUUAUCCAAAAGGAACACGCGCCGACUCAUCUAAUUAUAUGCCCCAAGUACAAAAAUAGCUUUAUUGUAAUAUAAAUAUUUAAAACUUACCAAAAAAUACAUGAGAAAUUGUUAACCAAAAGUUCUUAAUUUCAAUAGAAAAAUUAUUUUAUUUUAAUAGGUUUUCUGGAAUGCUGGUUGUCAAAUGGUGUCUUUGAAUUUUCAAACUGCAGAUUUACCUAUGCAGCUCAAUCAAGGAAAAUUUGAAUACAACGGAAACUGUGGAUACCUAUUGAAACCAGAUUUCAUGCGCAGAGCAGACCGUAGCUUUGACCCAUUUGCAGAAUCUCCUGUGGAUGGUGUGAUUGCUGCCCAGUGUUCAGUUCAAGUGAUAGCUGGCCAAUUUCUGUCAGACAAGAAGGUUGGCACUUAUGUUGAAGUUGACAUGUAUGGUCUUCCUACAGACACUAUCCGUAAAGAAUUCCGUACUAGAAUGGUGCCUAGUAACGGCUUGAAUCCAGUGUACAACGAAGAACCAUUUUUGUUUAGAAAGGUACUUUCAGUCACGCAAUUUAAUGCCAAUAGUAUAAAUAUAAAUUUUUUUUUUUUUUUCAGGUCGUAUUACCCGAUUUAGCAGUACUGAGGAUCGGUGUUUAUGAAGAAAAUGGAAAACUUUUGGGACAGAGAAUCCUACCUUUAGAUGGUCUACAGGCUGGCUACCGGCAUAUAUCUCUGAGAUCGGAAGCGAAUUUCCCAAUGGCUCUUCCAAUGUUAUUUUGUAACAUUGAAUUGAAAAUUUAUGUUCCUGAUGGUUUUGAAGGUUUGAAAAAAAAAAUGUAUUUAUUGCAUUAUCUUAAACAAUUUCAUUUGUGAUUUUAUGAUAUGUUAAGCUGGACAUAGUAUAAAAUUAGUUUUGGGCUACUAUGCCUAAUUUUUGCUAUUGAUUUUUAUGGUUUUUAGAAAUUCAUAUUCUGUCAAACUUUAACUUUUUUUAUCUGUUUUACUUAUUAAUUUAUAUCUUCUGUAAAGUAUCUUAUGUAUUCUAUACUGUACCAUCUUACAAUUUAUAAAAGGGUUUCUGCUCAUUUAUACAAUAAAUAAAUAAAUAAAGUACAAUCUUUAACAAAAAUAUUACUCAUUCUAAUAUUAAUAUAAUUAAUUUUUCAAUGGCCAUUGUAGUGACAAAUUAUGUAUGUAUUCUUUGUCAUGUUUUAAUCUUGUUCUUUUGAUUUUUCUAUAGAAUAUCAAUAAUACAUUUUGAUGGUAGUAUUCUUUUUAAAUUAUGAUCUUCUUAUAGAUUUCAUGGCUGCUUUGUCUGAUCCAAGAGCAUUUUUGUCAGCGCAGGAAAAACGUAUGCACCAAAUGAAAGCAAUGGGUAUUGAAGAAACCGAUAUAAACACUAAAGAUAUUUUAUCUGGUAGUGGGGACGGUGAAAAGACUGGUAAAAAAGGAAGCAAAAACAAAAAGUCUGAAGAACCCAAGAAAGGUAAAGUCAACAAUUAUUAUUAUUUUGAAUUGAAAGUUUGGAAUAAUAAAGUUUUGUUGUAGAGGAAGAACUGAAAUUUGAAAAUAUUAACCUUGAGUACCUCAGAAAUGAUAAGGGAUUUCAAAAAGCAAGAAGGAAGCAAGAAAAGGAAUUGGAAACAUUGCGUAAACGUCAAGCAAAGGAAAAGGCUGCUAUACAAAAACAACAGUGUACAUCUGUUGAAAAAGCUGUUAAAGGCAAAGAGUAAGUAAUAUUGAUAAACAUAUUAUUGAAGAAUAAGUCAAGUAUUAAGUUUUUCAUUGCGUUUUUAGUAAAACUGAAGUUCUUCAUGAUGGUGGUGUUAAAAGAUUGGUUAACGAGCAAAUGACUCAGUGGUCUGAGAUGGUUGAACGCCACAGGCGAGAAAAAUGGGCACUGCAAAAAACACAAGCUACUGAGCAGCAAGAUGCUCUUGUAAAACUUAUGGAGUCUCUUCAAGCCACACAAAUGAAACAGUUGGAAGUCCGACAUGAAAAGUAAAAUUUAUAUGCCACUGUGCUUGUAGACUUUGUUUUAAAUUUGAUGGAUAAUAUUAUUAUAAUUGUUCACAGAGAUUUAAAGGAGAUGAACACCAGACAAGCGAAAAUAUCAGUGGAAGUAAUGAAAGAGGUAAUGAAUGAUAAGACACUGAAAACCAAAGGCGAUAAAGACAGACGACUGAGAGAAAAGAAACAAAACAACACAAAGAAAUUUAUGGACGAAAGAAAACACGCUCAGGUAAAUUCUAUUCAAUUUGUAAAAUAAAAUAAUAUAGUAUUGUAUAUUCCAAUUACUUUUUUAUUACAAUAUAAAUUUACAUAAAUUACAAUAUAAAUACUAAACUCUUGUUUACAGAUCAAGCAAGCUAAAGACAAGGACAAGUUGCAGGCAAAGCACGAAAAGCAAAAACAAGAGUUGAUCAAGGAAAUAAAUAAUGUAUGUAUUUAUAUAAACUCGUGUAAACUCAACUUAUUGUUGUUUUUUCAUAUAAUACUAGAUAUUCGAUCUAUACGUUUUAGCUUUUGGAGAUGUACAAGAACGAGGAGAUAGAGUACGAACUGAGCAACAAGAAUGAAUUUUUCGUAUGA